AGCGAAGGGGCGGGAAGAAGCGGGAGCAGAGAGCCUGCGAGGAGGGAGGAGGAGGAGGAAGAGGAGGAGGAGGAGGAGGAGGAGGACUCCUCUGUGCUGCUCGGCGGUGGCACAUUAGCAGCACGAUCAUGGACACCCCGGGGUAGGGGCCCUUCCCGGCGGGGUGGCUGCGGCCCCUCCGCGCAAGCCGAGACCCAGCGCCGGCGGGGCGCCCCCCUCCCAGCCCAGCCCGCUCCGUCUGAACGUGGUGAGUGGAGGUAUCUCAGCCGCUCUGUCUCCGAGGGAAGGAGGGAGGGAGGCAAGGCAGCUCAGCACCCAGCGCUGCGGCGGGUGCAGGAAAAGAGGGGCACAGAAAGGAGCAACCUGUGUUGGGGGGGGGAAUCUUCCUGGGUUGGAUGAAGGGAGCGAGGAAGGAAAUCUUCACUCCCCGGACCUUUCCCCCAGCCACCUUCCCCUUGUUCUUCUUAAGCUUCUUUCAAAACUCUCCCUCCUUCGCCUCUUCACUGCCUUACCUGCUUCCUCUCCAGCCUGCCUGAGCUCAGAUCUCCUGCUCGAAAAUGGUUUUUGCUCUGCUCUUUUUUUGCCUCCUGUUCGCCUCUCCCUUCCCAUCUUACUCUGUCCCCUUUACGAAGAUCUGCUUUUUGUUUUUUAUUCCCCCCCCAGCACCCCCUCUCUCACACACACCAGAUUUGCCAAGCUCCAUAAUUAGUCCCUCCCUUGGUAAAAAUGUGUUUCCUCUGCUUUGUUUGGCUCUGCUUAAACUGCCUAUCCCUUCCUUGCUUAUUCAGCCCCUUUAAUGUCCUUAAAAACAUCGCUGCUGCUCAGUUUUUCUCCUUUCCUUCAUCGCCUCCUCCAAAGAUCCACUCAUUUACCCUCUAAGUAACCUUUCCCGUUGGUUCUCAUCCUUUCCCUCUAAACACCUCUGCCCUGCUUGUGGUUCCAUCCUAAAACAUGAGUCUUUCGAUUACUCUUCCCUCCUCCUGUCCCCAGAGUGUCCUUUUCUUUCUCCCCAUCAGUUUCCCUUCCUGCUCAACCGACUCCACCUAAAUACCCUGCUUUCUCAUGUUAACAACUUCCCUUAUGGAAAUUCCUUCCUCUUUAUUACUGAUCUCCUUUGCCCUUCCUUGCAUAAUUAGGCUUCCCAUGAAUCUACCUUCCUGUAUGAUUCCACAUUCAUAUCUGCCCCCUCAAAUACCUAUCCCCAUCAAGUGUCUUUUGCUUAAUCUCAGUUUUACCCCUUUACCCUGAGAAUGUUUUUCCCCUCCGGUAUCGCAAAAUAUCCCCUAAAAGCACUCUCAAUACAUUCUUAUUCCCUUUUCUUAACCUCAUUUCUUGCUUUCUAAACCUUUGCAUUUCCCUCAUUAAUAGACGAUCAUUUCCUUAACUAGCUUCCCUUUUUAGUUCUGGCCUCUUCUCAGAGUGAACGUCCUCUGGUUCCUAUAAAGCUUUUUAUACUCUAUUUUACAAGUAAUACUGCUUUUCAGUAUUUCCCCCCCUCCCCUGUACUUUUUCAUUCACUGAGCCCCAGUAAAACCCCACGCCCUUGUCUGCCUGAGUAUAAGCCCCUUCAAUCCUCCCCUGCCUUUUGCAUGUCCUUUAAACCCUUACAAUUCCCUGCCCAUUCCCUCAUCUUUGCUGGAAUUCCCCAUGUUCUCUUGGUAUAAAUUUCUUCCUGCUUCUUCAGCCUCUUGUCUUUAAAAGCGGGGAGGGACAACAACGUCCUAUCCCCCUCCUCUUGUUUCCCUGGUUAACCAGCUGCUUCCAACCCCCCCCUUUCUCUUCCUGGCCCUCUAAAUCCUUCCCUCUUAACCUGCAGUCUCCCCUCACUCGACCUCGCCCCCAUCUUGUAUUUUCUCCCAUUUGCUUGUUAGAGCCACAUGCAACCAGGCUCGAGUAGCGAAGCCAGAAAAUGUCUGUGGCUCUCGUGCUUUCUCUUUCUCUCUCUUUCUCUUUGCCCUGGGUUUCCUCAGUAGGGGACCCCCAACUACUGUCCCUCUGCAGUCACCCUGUAGGGAGAGAGAAGGAGGGGGCAGCAGCGGCAGUGACUGCUUGGUUUUGGCUGCAUGUUUGAGGAGUGCGACAGACGGUGGUGGUGGUGUGUGGACGGAAGCUGCUGGCGCUCUGGGCGAAUGAGAAGGCAGGUGUGUGCCUGUGUGUGGGAGGGGGACACGUUGUUUGUUCCUGGAGCUUUUAGAUAGUGCAGGAAUGCAUGGAAUGCCUCGGAAGCCCGCUGCAACAGAUCGCUUCUUGCCCAGCUCUCUGAACAGCCAAAGGUCACUGGACCAUCUCUUGAACAGCAAAAGGGAAAAAGCCCGUUCCUGCCGCCUUGCUGCAGAGAGAGAAGAAGCAGUAGCCGUGCUUCAUGCUUUGAGCAUGGCAUUACACAGGAUCAGAGUCUAGUCAGAUUCCUCCCCUUGAAGGCUACUUUUGAUGGCCCUUCUAAUGACUGUUGGUUUGACCUAUCCCUGUCGAGCAAGGCAAGGGCUUGCCUCACCCCCUCUCUUUCAAACGUAUUUUGUGCCAAGUUAUGAUUCAGACGUCAUUCAGUUCAGUACUGUAGCAUUUUGGUACAUGACUCAAAGCAGAGCUAUGGAAACUGAGGGAAGCCCUGCAGAAAACCGGCUGAGGACCAGAGAAAAAAAAUGUAUUAAAGCUGUGUGGCAUUAUGGGAAGAGUUUUACAACAUAUUCCACCCCCCACUCCCCAUUAUAUUCAGUGCAUGAAACUAUAAUCUAGAGAUGUUUUCAUAUGGAGCAUUAGAGGGAUAACUGUUUCUUAUCAAUAGUGAGCUUCAUGUACACCCCUAUAAUGCCAAUCAGAUUAAAGAACAGAGAGGCAAGUGUUUUACUAGAGAUGGGGCAGAGAGGACUGUCUGGUACUGUUAAAUUACUGGGCGUGUCAAUUACCAUUUGGAACAACACAGAAUGGCAGCAGGGCAUAACAAUUGCCAGCAUGUCUUUCCCCAGAUUUAUGUCUUGUAGUACCAUGUAUUAGGUCUAUUCAUCUAUUGAAGCUGCCAAAACCGUUUAACUUGAUAUUUGUGAGGAGGGGGCUUGGGGUGGGGUGGGGGUGGGGAAGGGAGACAAAACAACAUGUCGAAAAGUUUGGGGCACAAUGGUUCAGCCAUAGGUAAAAGGGAAUAAUGUACGUGUCUGAACACGAUCUAAAAGUAGUUGUUUUCUGUUUCAUUUUUUCCCCUCUGCCAGAUGAAAGGAAAUAAUUACCAACCUUAGGUUAAGAAGAAAUUGUAGUGGUAGCUGCCAAAGCAAGUCCCAGAGCAUUUCACAUAGUUGGCUGUUCUGACAUGUUUGGGGCAGUUAUUCAAAAUAAGAGAUGGUGGCUUGGCUAUUACUUUUAAUUGAAAGGUGCCUGCACAAGAGCAUUUUAAAAACUGUAAUAUACCUUGCUUCAAAACAGAUAUUGCUGUUGCCCUGAUGAAAUGCUUUAUAUUCAAAGGCGUCUGCCGUCUUGUAUGCUGAAUGCUAUUUUAUGAGUGAUGAUGUGUGCUUUUUUUAACUGUAAAACAUACUUUUGAGUUUCAGUGAAAUUUAAAACACGCACACACAUCCCUAAUGUAUUUAUUGUAAGCAGUAUCCUGUGCAUCCUUGACUGUCACUGUCCCCACUACUGUUAAAUACAGCAAUGUGUACAGUCAAAACUGGAGUGCUCUUGGGAGAAUCCUAGGCACCUAAUGCUUUAUACGUUUUGCAUCGACAUUGUGCUUCUGAAGGAUUGCUUGAAUUACCAUAUUUGGAUGGAGUUUUGUAAUCGUUACAUAGAAUUAUUGUGAACCAAAUGACUUAUCAGACAGCACAGUUUUCCUUUCUGAGUAAAGGAAGCUGGGUGAUAUUAAAAUAGGAUAAAAUGCAUUUUGAAGAUUUCUUAUGCAACAGUAAUUACCAGUAUACAGUACUUAGGCACUGUAACUGCUUGAUAAAUACCUAUAUUCGUAUACCUAACUCACUCCCAAAUGAUAUUGGCUCCUCUGAACUUCCUUUACUCAUUCUCUGGUGCUUCAGCCGUUUCAGAGCCAGCAAAUUUCAAGCUCCCUCCCAAACUUGCUCAUCUGCAACCAUUCCUAGAAUCAUCAGAACCCGCUAUGUCUCCACCCAUUCUCACUGUCUGAUUUUGGCACUAGAGUAGCCUCAAAUUCUUUCCCCCACCCCUUCCACCUCAGUGCUUUGGUGACACCAGCUGUUUUCUCACAACUACAAGCUUUACCUUUUUCUAGAUAUUACUCCUUUUGCCACCAACCUAUUUCACAGCUAUAGAGGAUAUUUCACCAGGGUGUUUCAUUUUAAGUGGCAAUCUCUCUCUUUUGUUUAGGUACUGUGUUUCAGAUAAUAAAGUGAAUUCCUGAUCUCAUGACAUAUAAAGUAUAGCAUCUCCUCAAGAAUGAUUGAAUGAAGUGAUUUCAUAUUGUAAGAGCAAUCCAAUAAGAUAUUUUCUGCACUGAGAGGUGAAACACAUUCUGAGGGAAUUGUUGUAGAAGUCUGUGGUGUGAGAAGCCAGUCUCUUUAUUUUAAAUGUCUUAAUUAUCAUAAUAGAUCUUCAUACUUAUAGGCUUAAUAAACCCAAUAGCCAUCACUAAGGUUUUUUGUCCUGCCAGGAUAUCCUUGUUCGCAUAUUCUGAGUGUAGUGCAACCAGCUAUUGAAUCAAAGGGCAAAAGUGUUCAUGGCGUGGAGGGGCAGGCGGUGGGGGGGAGUGAGGAGACUGGAAAGGACAAAACAGAAUAUUCUCUUUUGUUUGACCCACUUCUCUUUUGUUUGACCUCUUGCCAGUAUUACAGAACUUUUAAAAAGAUAACUGUGCUACCUGGAUUAUUUGUAAUGCAGUAAGCCUGCGAUUUAUGCACAUUUACCUGUGUGCAUUCAGCUUUAUGCACUUGGCAAGAAAUAUAUAUAUAUUGGAAAGGGGCAGGCAUCUGGGGAAAAAGACUUUGGCAGUCCUACCUGUAAAUUGCGGGAUUGCUGUAUUGAUUUUUUAAGAUUAUAUAUACUGAAAUAACCGCUGUGCCAUUUUUUUUUUUUUUAAAAAAGGGUACAUUUUCAUAUGCAGACAAGUUGACCCAAUGCAUUUUUACUAGGUGGUCUAAUGCAAGGAUAGGGAUUCUUACCCAUCUCUGCAGAAUCUUGACCUCAUUUUCAGCCUCUCAGGAAAAAUAAGGCAAAUCUUGUCAAUAGCUAGAUUUGCCCUACUUAAUACAUUUGUAGACUUGCUGCUCAAGAGUGGCCUUUCUGGAGGUACAUGCAGUGACGGCUGUUCCUUCAAGACUCUGAGGGAUAUGAUCUACACCUCCAGUUUGGACACUUGGCAACAGGUUGCAAUAGCUUCCCAAGAACAGUUGUGAUGUGGCUAACAACUUCAAACAAUUAUUAGUAAUAAAUAAAUGUUUAUGGCCCUUUCCAGCAUAUUUGUGGAACCAUCUAAGGCCUGCCCAAAAACCAUGAAAGGUGGAAGUGGGGAUGGGAGAAGAUCUGGAUUAUUUCUCUGGCUUCAGAGGCACAGAAUAGAUUCAUGCCAGUGUUUCUAGCCCGGUGCAGGCAGCCACAGUAUAAUGCACAUUCCAUUCCUGGGAGCUAAGAGCCAAGGAGUGGGCUGUUUCCACUGAAUUUGGUGAGGAAUAAGGAUGGAUGGGGCAGAGGGAGACCGAAAUGGAACAAAAAUAGAGGAUAAAGAAAUGGGAGGAAACCAGUAACAUCUAAGGGUACAGAAAAAUAUGUACUGGUGCAGAGAGGGAAAGGGGAUAAAAUUGGAUAUUGAUAGACUUAUAGGGUGGUGAAAGAAGUGAGAAAUAAGUGAGAGUUGGUAAAUUCAGAUAAAUCUAUGGAAUGGGGAAAUGGAUACAGAGGUAAAAGGAGAUAUUAGCUUGAGAAGUGGGGAUGCAGAGGCACCAGAAAAAUGGGGGGUAUGCAGAGAUCUUUAAGUAAGCCCUGGACUUGUGGUUUGUGAUAGCUUGUGUUACUUUACAAACUGAGACACACACACAUACCCGUUAGUGUGUCCUCCUUACAUGCUGGUGUGUGGCGUGUAAUGGACCAAAACUAUGCAUAGAUUAAUUUUUAAAUUUUGGUUCUUGGCAGGGCAGUUUUCUUCAGAAGCAGUUAAAAAGCCAGCCACUGACAAGAGCUUCUCCUCCUGAACUGCAUUAAUAAUAUUUAUGAUUAAUAAUAAUCAAUUAUUAAUAGCAUUUUCUAUUCAGGGAUUGCCUCAGCCAGAAUUCUGCACAAGGAGUACUGUUUUCAGUCAUUUGAGGCCCUUGGCAUGUGCUUGGUUUGUCCGUCAGCAAAUGCAGCAGCCAGCAGAGGAUGGGGACAACAGAAAUGAGGGUGCACAGGUACCUGGGGUAAUACAGGAAGAUUGCUAUGGGAAAAGAGUAGGUUGCUGAGAAAUGGGGCUUUAGGGAACCCUCUAGGUCAGCCUUUCUCAACCGUGGGUCCCCAGAUGUUGUUGAACUACAACUCCCAUCAUCGCUGACCAUUGGCCCUGCUAGCUAGGAAUGAUGGAAGUUGUAGGCCCAAAACAUCUGGGGACCCAAGGUUGAGAAAGGUUGCUCUAGGUAGACAGCAGUAAAAAAAAAAUGGUUGCUGAGAGUGGGGACACAGAAAUGGUGGUGAGAGAGAGCAUGGAAAGGAGGGUGAGUUCUUAGCUCUUCAGAGAGAUGUGCAGCUGUGUAAAGAAAGGAGAAAGCAGGCUGUGAGACACAGAGAAAAUUAGGGUGUAAGGGAAAAUAUCGUAUCUUUCGCUCUAUAAGACACACCAGACCAUAAGACGCACCUAGUUUUUGGAGGAGGAAAACAAGAAAAAGAAUAUUCUGAAUCCCAGAAGCCAGAACAGCAAGAGGGAUCACUGUGCAGCGAAAGCAGCAAUCCCGCUUGCUGUUCUGGCUUCUGGGAUAGCUGCGCAGCCUGCAUUCACUCCAUAGGACGCACACACAUUUCCCCUUACUUUUUAGGAGGGAAAAAGUGAGUCUUAUAGAGCAAAAAAUACGGUAGCUUUAAGAAGCUAUAUGUGUGUUUGUGCAUACACGUUAGAAUAAUAGCCUAUGCUUUUAACUUUGCCCUGAAGGUAAUAUGAAUUGUGUACUUCUGUACCAGAGGGAUGUUCUAAGGCAGCUAUGUGGACCGUGUUAAAUUCCUAAUGUCUUUUAAAAAUAAUUACGUCUUUUGAGGACUGUAUAACACAUACAUACCACUUUGUUACAAUGGAAAGCUUCAACCACCUAACACAGGGUAAGGAACUUGUGGGGCCCCCAGAAGUUACUGAACUGCAGUUCCCAUCAUCCCUGAACAUUGACCCUAACGCCUGGUGAUGAUGGCAGCUGUACCCUCCAGAUGGUUUAGCCUACUAUCUUGGGCAAGAUUGGUCUAGAUCCUGACCAAGAAACGGUCAUUUGUUACUGUACCAUUGUGGCAUGGCAGCCCUAAGGGGAAAAUAGGUCAAGAAUAUGUCUGUUAUUCCAGAUAUUGGCUUGAACUGACCAGCCAAUUACUUGGCCACAGGUUUCUAGUCUCUGUUGGAUUGUUGCCAGCAAGGUGGAAUACCAAAAAAGGUGGAAUACCAGACAAAUAUGAGAAUAUACAGAAGGAACUGAGUAGUUCCUUCUGUAUACAGUGGUAUCUUGGUUGUCAAAUUUAAUCCAUUCCAGAAGACCGUUUGACUUCCGAAACAUUCAACAACCGAGGUACCACUGUAUAUACAUAAUGUCUGUAACUGAAAAUGCAGUAAUAUUCCUACCUCCUUAAUAAGUCCCAUUGUGUUAAAUGGGACUUACUCACAAAUAAGAAGGUAUCGGAUUGUGGCAUCUGACUUCUAUUGUUGACAGUGUUUUAGCUGUUGAGUUGGAAAACCCUUAACAAUAGAAACAGUUACCCUAGCCAGCAAAUAACCGGCAGACAUUUUGGCAAUUUCGUAGUCCAAAUUUUAACUUCUUCCUCUGCUUACACUUAAAGUUGGUUCUUAUGCCAUCCUGGGGGAGUGUUUGCCACUUUCAUGUAGUGAAUUUUCACCCAGCUUCAAUAAUGCAUGUAAUAAUAAGAUCAUUGGGAGGGGUGGAGGGGACGACUUCUCACCACAACAAUGCCACUCCUCCCAAGGCUCUGUACAAUUUCAGCAUUACCUAAGUUAUUGAUGCAGCAUGGGAGCUAUUUUGCAGGAACAAGAAUAUCACUAAAGUAAUGUAAGAGCCAUCCCUAUGUCUGCUGUCCUGUGCAGAAUGUUUACAUUGCAAAGACUGAAGGAUCAUAAAUUCUAGGUCAGGUAUAUUACUCUGAUUACAUAGCAAAGCAUUCGUGGCAUUCAUAUAUGCACUCAUGUGGUUGCUGUACUAUCUCAAAUUUUCCUUUUUAUUGGACAAAUUGUGUGUAUGCACCACUGAAAUAAGAUACCGAAGUUUAGAGUUGCAUAGAAGGCUUUUUCAUGUUUGACUAAUAAGGGCAGAUCCGAUAUAGUAACCCUUGUAAAAUGUAGACUGAAAUUGUGUUUACAUAUAGUUUCAAUAUGAGAAAGUUUGUUGGAAAACUUUUUUGGUAAAUCUAACACACAAGCUUCAUUGAAAUAAGAGGGAAGUGGCUCAGAGUAAGUGUCAAUGCCAAGUUCAGUACCCCCUUUUCAGCAACUGGUCCCAUUGCCACUGAAAUGAUCUUCCUUCCAGUCCCAGCUGAAAAUUAGAAUUUGCAUUCUGCUGCUAGGAAUGUUUUGUAGCCAUCAGUAGAACUUCUUUUGUUCUCCUCUCCUCUGAAUACAUAGGGGUUGUGUAGGGGUUAAUCCAAAGCUUAAAGUAAAUGUCUAUGCGCAUGCACGCGCACAUACAGUAAUGAAAUAAUACUUGUAUGGAUUAGCUGCAUAGUAUCUUCUAAAAAUAUCAAGUAACUUUCCCUCUAAAAUUUAAGUGAUUUCCUCAGAAAAGCUUUUACAACUUUGAAUACUAUAUGUGGCCCAAACUACACAAGAACCAAGAGAUCUAGAUCACUGGACAUUGUAAUUUCCUUUUUUACAGCAGGCUGGGGUGCAUGGAUCUGAUUUUGGUGAUGAGAGCAAUGGUACUGAGGGAUGAGUAUUUAACCUUGCUCUGUUUUCCCCUGCACAGUGUUAGCAGUUUCAGGGUAGGAGAAACCCUAUGAGCAGAAGGGUUUAGAAAUCUCCUUAGUGCUGCUGCUUUGAUCAGAACCAGAAACUCCCACAGUUACAAAGUAAAAUUGCCAUUCGGUCCCAUCACUGAUUACGAAAUUUAGCCAUAACAAUCCAAUUGAUUAUAAUUAGGUUUCAAGUAAAUAAGAGUGUGACUUCAGCCUUGCUUUCUUGGUACAGGUUAUGAAUGUGUAAUGAACUUUUAUGAGCAUCUCUGUGGAAUGACUUUUCUGAAAUUAAAGAAGAAUGUACAGUGGUACCUCGGGUUACAUAGGCUUCAGGUUACAGACUCCGCUAACCCAGAAAUAGUACCUCGGGUUAAGAACUUUGCUUCAGGAUGAGAACAGAAAUCGUGCUCCAGUUUCACGGCAGCAGCAGGAGGCCCCAUUAGCUAAAGUGGUGCUUCAGGUUAAGAACAGUUUCAGGUUAAGAACAGACCUCCGGAACUAAUUAAGUACUUAACCUGAGGUACCACUGUAUUUUGUCAAUCCAGUUUUAGGAAAAGCUUUGGGUUUUUUUCAGGUUAGAGUUUUGUUUGUUGUUCUUGGAGCAAAUACAUUUUCCUAGGUUCAUUGAUUUAGUAAGAAGUUGUUUGCAGAUCAAAAUACAGAAUUCUGCCUGUAGCCAAAUUUGGUUAAGCUGACUACAAGUUGAAGAAUCUAUUUUUAUCUAAUUCAGCCAAAUUUUACUUAAGUGAAAAAUGGUUCUGCAUCAGUGGUAACAUCCUAGGAUCACACCGUCUUUGUUGGGCAGGACACUCUGGUCUGGUUGACAGAACAGUUCAAUAGUAGAAGGGAAGGAGAAAUAAAAUUUGCCAGCCAUAAGUGUUGCCAAUGGCAUACUCUGGGUCAGUCAAGAAAUUCACCAUGGGGCUUUGCCAGACUAGCAUCUCUAAUCUCUUAACCAUGGUUAAAUUACUGGGCAUAGGGCACAAGACCAUAUACUUCCACAAUUGCCAAUCUCCUUUCUGAUGUGAAUUUCCUAUGCCAUUUUAACCAUGGUUAAGCAUGACACAAGUAGUUAACACUAACUUGGGUUCCCUCUUAACCCAACCCUGGUUUUUAGCCAUGGUUAAGAUAAAAUCCAAAGUAGUGUUAACCACUGUUGCCAUGCUUAGCUUUUGUUGACAUUGGUGUUAAUAUCAACCUAGAAAUUAGUUAGAACUUAGAACCUGCAGAAGACUUGUGCCAUGUAGGAGAGAAACUUGCUUACAAUGUCUUAACUGUAGGUAAAACUCACGUGUUACAUCUGCACAAGCUGUAUUUCUCAAAAGACAUCUGUUUGAGGUCACUGCGGAUUUUCUUGUUUAUUGAACUCUCCAAAAGAAUGACAGUGCUACAGUACUUAUUCCUAAUAGUCUAGAACACUUUGCAUUUUCACAUAUGUUCUCUGCAAUAAUUAAUCAAUUGCUGCUUUCUUUGUUCAAAAAAGGCAGCAGUUCUUUGAGAGGCUGGUAGUAUUUGUCCAGAUGUCAAGUGAAAGAAGCUGUGACUGAAGCAGUUGACCUUCUGCCUCCACCUCUAUGCUCAUGCAUUAACUAACAUUUAAACGUUGUGCUUGACAUAAACACUGAAUCUUUGCUGCCAGUUCCUAGCUCAACUGCCUUCCCAAACUGAGCCUCACAUAAGAAAAUGCUCUAAAUGCUAUAACCAAGAAGUGGCCUGAUUGGCAUUGGCUCCUAGCUUUUCCUCAGUUUUUAAUAUGCAUAUAACUUUGAUGGCUGUGCAAGUUGACAACCUCAGGAUAAUACUGAUAAUAUGAAAGACUUAAAGUGCUAGGAAACACUUUCUAGACUACAUGUAUGCUUUGGGUCUUUUGCAGACAGCAUAUUGCAGACUUUCUAAAUAUGACUUCAGAAUGGUGUUAGAAAGUCAGAUAUAUAAGCUAGGGGCCAAAUGGCUCCUUAAACCAAGGUUGCAGUUGACAAAACGGAAUGCGUAAUUGCCAUUUUGGGGCAAGAUGGGUCUAAAGUCUUAUUUUUUGAAUGAUGGAAUGACUGUGAUUGAUUAUCGGUUAAACCUCUGGCUAGUUCAGAUGACAACCUUGAGCUAGGUUAAGAAUGUUGGGAACUUAAAGAAGAAAAGUCUCUUGAUCCAGGGAAAGUCCACAAAUACAGUGGCCUAUUCCUGCUUCUUUUUCUUAAUGGUGAGCGGACCAUUCAUAACCUAAGAAUAUUCACAACUGUGAGCAGGGCAGUGCGGUAGGGUAAGUGAAGACAAGCUACAACAGUUGACUGUAAUGUUGUUCACUGCUCCUGCUCAGGCUGCACCAAAAAAAAAAAAAAUGGUUCCUGAAAUUCAUUCUGAUUGUGCAGAUAAAACAUAACUGAUAUAAUUCUACAGGAUGUGGUAUCAGUGUGUGAAAACAGUCCAGAUCCAAUGAUCCUCAGGCAUGUACCUCCAGUUGGUGAAGAUAUCAGACGCCAUCCUGGCACCCUGGCAUCUUUACAUGGUCGCAAGUGGCCAAUAGCCAGGUGCAAAAUGUGCCCAGUGCCUGGCUAAUUUUGAACACUUCUUCAGAAUCAACAAGGCCUAGAAGAGCACUCAGAACAGGUUUGAUGAAAGCUGAGAUUCCUAGGAAUGAGAGAGAGUAACCGUACACCACACUUGCGCUAGUAUAGUCCUGGCUCUCAAACUUUGAGUGCUCUAUGUUAGAAGACUCACUUUGACUUAAAGUUUAAGUCUCUCAUUCUAAGCCUAGUGGCUUGUAAAUCCCGUUACAUUUCUAGGUAAAUAUAUCGAAGUUGUAUUACAAUUCUCAGUGCAAGUAAGAAAACCCAUUAAGAGAGCAUUGGAGGUAGGUGCUUAUGUUGGAAAGGACACACUUCUAUGGUUGAUUGGUAUGAGUCCUCUUACACGUUUUCAGAAAAAGACAGAGCGUUUUAAGUUCCAUUGAAUCUAAUAGUGCAAUCUUGUGUGUGCUUGCUCAGCAGUCAGUCUCACCAAGUUGAAUGGGACUUGCUAUGUAGUGUUCAUGGAAUUGCAGCCCAAGUAGGUUCUGUCUGUAAAUGUAUCUUAUAAAACUAAUAAUGCCACUUCAGAGCAUUAUUGAAGAUAGGAACUAAGUAUAAGCUCUCUACAAUAAGUCUUCCUAGCAGUCAUGUUCCCUAUAACUGCUUUCGUUAGACUUUUUGUUUUCUUUAUUACAUAUGUUCAUCUUUUUAGAUAAUUAAGAUUCUUUGGAUUAGAAUUCUUAUGUGGGCUCUGUUUCAUACGGAGAUUUUGUUUGUACUUAACCUGUAUAGAUGUGAUGCUUAGUAACGGAUUUUGCAGUUCUGCUGCUGUAUUUAGAGAGAGACUGGUUGCUUAGUUACCUUUUUUCUUAUGUGGAAAGCCGCCCAACAACAAAAAUAUAGAUUCGGUUAAAACUGUAAGUACUCAGUAUUUAUCUGUAUCACAAAAGUACCCUGAGAUAUCACAUCUAUUUUUCUAGCACCAGGUAUUAGCUAGACUUGUACUAAAUGGCAGUCUUGUAUUGCAAUUAAAAAGGCAAGUUUUAGCUGAUUGUGGAGAGAGGAUACCAAUAUCUGUGAGGGUAAGAGUGCCACAGAUAGAAUGAAACAUUUCAAAGGUGAUUAAAAAAAACUUGUGAAAUGCUCCAUUUUGGCUACCUAGUUGCCAGCAAUAUAGAUGUUACAGAUCCAAUAGAGCCCAUCUAUUUGCCAGUUCAGGGAGUAUGAGUUGCCAAUAUAAGCCAAUAGUCAUUUAUCAGUCUAGAUUAUGUCCUGUAUUUGAGCCUUUAAUUUUAUUGUGUUAAGAGUUUGAAUAGCUAUUUCAAAUCAGAGCAUUCCACCCCUGUGAUUUAGUGUGUUGUGUAAAUUAUCUUUUGCAUUGUUACCAUGAUAUGAAACGUGCCAGACUGGAUGACUGGAUUUUAUUAGCAGAAUUUCCACACUGAGCUGUAACAAAACUAUACUACCAUUGAAGGUGUGGCUAAAAGAGCGUAUUAAAAUGGAUUGCCUUUUCAGUAUUUUUACAUGAUAGCUUCUAAAAUGUACUUUUCCAUAUUAUUUACCAACACUGAUUAACUUCAAUAAAUAAAUUGCAAAUCUUGAAUAAUGUGUGCUUCAGUUCCAUAAAUCAGGAGUUGCCAACCUGUGGCCCACAAAGGCCUUCACUGGUACCUUAUUUUAAGCCUCUCACCCUCCUAGAAGGAAGGGUACAUAACAAAAUGUGCAGGUACCCUUCUAAGCAAUUUCUUUUGGAGCCUUCUACCAGUGUUUUUAGUCAGUGAAUGAAGCCAGAGCUGUGAUUGAUGAGUGGAGGGAGUUUUUUGGACACCAGGUGAGAGGAAUCCUCAGGGUUCUGAUAUCUGCUAUUUUAUCCUCCUUUUCCUACCUGAAUCAUAUUUGCAAAUCUUUGGAAUUUCUGUACUUUGUCCUUCCUUUUCCUUAGCACUUUUCUUCUGUGGUAGGCUCGUCUGAGAUCAGGCAGUUAGUAGAAUUCACAGAAAAUAAUUGUGGGCAGAUGUUAAAGAAUUCCCCACAAAGGGCAAAUAUCAAAACUUUGCAAAGAGGCAUGUCUCCUGAUGUUCAGGAGCUAAAGAUCAGGCAGUCAUUAGGAAUUCAGUGUCUAGUUAACUUGCAGUACAAUAGUAUAUUUGUCUACUCAGAAGUAAGUCCCUGUGUUUAAUGGGGCUUACUCCCAAGUGGCUGGGGAAACCCAGCCAGAUGGGCGGGGUAUAAAUAAUAAAAUUAUUAUUAUUAUUAUUACUACUACUACUACUACUACUAUUACCAUUAUUAUUGUUGUUGUUAGUGAGUACAAGAUGUCACCAUAGAGUUGUAUUGGGAAUAAAAGGGUUGCUGGCUGUAUGGCUGGCAAAAAUUCAACAGAAUUGCAGAAGCUUUUUCUGUUAUGGAAAUGCAGUUAUGGGGAAAGCUUCACCAUGACAGAACCCUUCUCUAAUUUUGUGUUAUGUCAUGCCUCUUAUGGCAGCCAUGUUGUGACUGGUGCACACAACACUCUCAAAAUUAAAAAUGUGCCUACUGGUCCAAAAUGGUUGAUGACCCUUGCCAUACACGGAGACCCUCUUUUUAAACAAGUUUUGUUCUCUUCUUUUGUAGAAAGCUAGUCUAUAUAGGUAGUCAUUUUUAACCACAGUAAGUGUGUCCUCGGUUUCUGCAAAUCAAUGCUAGUUCUGUAAGCAUAGACAAGCUCACCUAAGAAUAUAAUGGAAGACUAAUUACUAACUUCUGUAUAGGUUGAAGUUCUAGUGUUUCCCAAACUCAGUAGACCAGGCAUGGCCAAACUUGGCCCCCCAGCUGUUUUUGGGACUACAAUUCCCAUCAUCCCUGACCACUGGUCCUGUUAGCUAGGGAUGAUGGGAGUUGUAGUCCCAAAACAUCUGGAGGGCCGAGUUUGGCCAUGCCUGCAGUAGACAAAACUGACUACUGCCAACCGCUAUUAAACAAAAAUCUGGUUGUGUCCCCCAUUCUUACAAGGGUUCACUGAGUAAAAAUUUUCAAAGCAUCUUUAUACUAUGCAUAGUAAGUGUGUUAAUCGGAAAAAAUAAGAUUAAAAAGGACUAUUUAUUAUUUAGUUCUGUGCCAAACUAUCAUGGAAAGAAAAGUUGCAUUGUUAAACCAUAUUUAUUCCUAAAUCUUGUGUGGUGGGAAUGAACCUGUUGAAGUGGGCUGCAGCCCCCACUUCAUCAGAGUGAUUUCAGGAAGAAAGGAAAGGAUGGUAUUUAAGGACACGUAUUCCUUCCCUCUUAGAUUUGAUGCUAAUGUUUGUUAACUUACACAGCAAGUGAGCUAUAAGGGGCUAAAUCUUCAGAGGAAUAAGGAUGUCCUAUUUCUAAAACAGAUCAUAAUCAAUUUGCAAUGAAGCACAAUAUAUCAAACCUUGCAACCCCCCUCCCCCACCCAAAAGCAAACAUUAGGUUGUGAGUAUCUCGUGUUGUACAAAAGAAUUCUAAUGGACAACUUAAUUUUCCUUGGCUGUAAAAAUGAAUCUGAUACUAAAUUAAAUCCAAACAUCUUGCAUGUUUUGCUUCAGUAGUUUAAGAUAGAAGUUAUUUUGAGUUAUUCUUGAGUACCUACUAACACUUGGAAAGUAUGAUAAAUAACACCACUCGGGUAUUAUAAUAAAUAACAGUAUUAGAUUUCAACUCUAGUCUGCAGUUUUAAGAUCUCAUGCAAGGUUUUGUGUUUUUUUCAUUAAUAUAAAAGUGCAGACACCUUACUUGUCUGAUUGUUCUUAUUGUAAUAAUUCUAAUCGUAACAGUAAAGAGAGAAAAACAAAUCUUUAUGUAAUUAUCACCAGAAUUUGUUUUAUAUAUUGCAUAUUAUUUUGCUCAGGCAGGUAGUAGUGAUAAGACUACAACAGAUCAUGACAAAAAUGGUAAAAUAUUUUCUCCUUAUUACUCCCAACAAUAAGGUAGUGUGUCAUGUACAUUAUUUCAGUAUUUUUUUUUAAGUGCUCCAUUUUUCACAAUUGUCUACCUGUCUUCCUUCUCUGACUCUUUAUUAUGUUUGUGAGUCUGGUCACAUGCCCCAAGUUCUCAUAAGCCAUUCACUCAAUGGAGAAAGUAUUAUUAUUAAUUCAAUUCAUUACCUGCUAGUUUACUUUUGCUGAAAACUGCAUAGUGAAGCCGCCAGAUACACCUCUGUGGGGAGGGUGUCCCCACUGAAAACUCUGAAUGGAGUGGAACACCCAAGAGGUCUCCCUCUGCUGAUCUUGGUACCCAUGUUGAAGAUCUGUAGGGAAGGAGGCAGUCUUUUGGGUACAGUGGUGCCUCGCAAGACGAAAUUAAUCCGUUCCGCGAGUCUCUUCGUCUUGCGGUUUUUUCGUCUUGCGAAGCACGGCUAUUAGCGGCUAUUAGCGGCUUAGCGGCUAUUAACGGCUUAGUGGCUUAGCGGCUAUUAACGGCUUAGCGGCUUUAAGAAAAAGGAAACAAACUCGCAAGAACUCGCAAGACGUUUCGUCUUGCGAAGCAAGCCCAUAGGGAAAUUCGUCUUGCGGAACGACUCAAAAAACGCAAAACCCUUUCGUCUAGCGAGUUUUUCGUCUUGUGAGGCAUUCGUCUUGCGGGGCACCACUGUAUUUGGGGCUUAAGUUGUUUAGGGUGUUGAACACUAACACGAGCACCUUGAAUUGGGCCCAGAAACAAACCGGCAAGCACUGCAGCUGUUCUAACACAAGGGUUGUAUAAGGUCUAAAUGGAUCUCCAGCCAGUAAUUUGGUCGCUGCAUUUUAGACCAGUUGAAAUUUCUGAGUCCUCUUCAAGGGCAGCUCCACAUAAAGCACAUACAAUAAUACAAUCUGGAUCAGCAUGGAGUGCAUUGGUUCUGUCCAAAGGGGGCCUUCAAUGAUGAACCAGCCAGAACUGUGAAAAGGUACUUGUAGCCACCUGUGCCUCUAUUGACAGUAUUGAAUCCAGGCUGAUGACCUGCUGUUUCCAGGGGAGUACGGCCUCUUCCAGAACAGGUUUUCUUCCCACCUCCUCAACACGGGAACUCGGGACACACAACAUAAUUAAUAGCUUUCCCAUCAGAAGCUUAUAACCAUAUAGGCUGCAGUCAAAUUCAAAUUCUCAAACAAAACUGUGUUUGACAUAGCAUAAUUAAAAACUGGGUCAUGGUGGUAUCAUAUAAUCCUAUUGAGGCAAGCUAGAGUCAUAGGCUAUAGAGCAAUUGAAAAAUGCAUGUGCAUAAAGUCUGCAGAUUUUUAAUUGGUUUGCUAGCCAGCUUUUGUUUGUGGCUGACCCUUCUACCAAGUCCUAUAGCAUGUGCAGAGAACUUUGGGGAAGGGGGUGAUUUGUGCUACCACUGUGCAGGCCUUACACCUAGAAAAGUGUUGUGGGGCGACCACUCUCUUUUGCCGUUGCGCUAGACUUUUUGAAGAGGGUGUUAGUAGUGCCUGCCAGUGCCUAGCUAAAAAGCUAAGUGGAAAAGGAUAGUUUUACACACAAAAACACACACUCACUGUGUUCUGUACAUUUCCUGGAGGAAGUACAUUUUCCUCUCCCUGAACUUGCCUUCCCUAAACUUAUUUGCAAUUCACAUAAAGCAAGUGGAACAUAUGUUCCAGGAAAUACAGUUCUUUUUAUGAGAACAAGAGAGCUAAUAUUUUAAACAAUACUUUAAUAUUAUAAAGGGGUGGGGAAAGCUGUAGCUUUAAAAAAAAGUACAUUAGAGCUCAGAGGGAAAGACGUGAAAGGAAGGGAGAUAGUAACUUCUAUAAUUUAUGAACAGUCUUUUGUGCCUACACUGAUAAAAUUGCUACCACCUACACAAGAAGACAGGAAAUCGCUGAUCAUAUGAAAGCAGCUGUAUAGUCUAGUCUUAUUGUGACUAAGGCAGUAGAAAUGCCCAACCUACAUUCUCUUAUUACAUGAAAGUACAGAAAUAGUUUCAUCAUACUAUCUUCAAGACUCUCUCCUCUUUCUGACUUCUAAUGGGAAUAUUACCAUAGAACUUGCUCUCCAGCUUUCUUUCCUUUUUCUCUUCCCUCCCUUCCUUUCUCAAACCUUAAGUACCCAUUGCUGGAAGCUUGGGGGCAAAGGAAGGCAUGAAUAAAUUUUCAUGUUAUUUCCCCAAGUUUCUCAGAGUGUACAUCACAGUGAAAACCAAGUUGGCCUAAUUUCAAGAUGGAGGUGGUGGCGUAGGAAGAGGCAGCAUUGGACAGAAGUGACAGGGUUUGAAAGGGAAGCUGAAGAGUUCGGUAAUCAAUUGAAGCUGUAUAUAUGUGGUGAGAAAGCAUGUGGAUUUUGGAUUAUCAGGACAGGGAUGCUCAGUUAGGCUUCUAUAUGAGAUAAAGCAAUUCAAGAAAGACAGAGGGCCUUCUCGGUAGUGGCGCCCAGCCUGUGGAGUGCCUUCCAUCACAUGUCAAGAAGAUAAAUAGCUAUACAACUUUUAGAAGACAUCUGAAGGCAGCCCUGUAUAGGGAUGUUUUAGAUGUUUGAUGUUUUAUUAUGCUUUUAUAUUUGUUGGAAGCCACCCAGAGUGGGUAGGGUAUUAUUAUUACUAUUGGAAAUAUGACUUCAUAAAAAGAAAUAUUGUACCUUAUAGCACAGUAUUUGAUCCUACAAAGCACAAUCCUGAUAUUCUUCAUCGUAACAUCAUUACUUUCAUCGCUCAUGUAAAAUGGGUCAUCAGCACCUAUUCUUUUUUUCAGUCGUUCAUCUAGGAGAGGGGUCAGCGGACUUUUUCAGCAGGGGGCCAGUCCACUGUACCUCAGACCUUAUGGGGGGUCGGACUAUAUUUUUUGGGGGGGAAUGAACGAAUUCCUAUGCCCCACAAAUAACCAGUGAUGCGUUUUAAAUAAAAGGACACAUUCUACUCAUGUAAAAACACGCUGACUCCCAGACCGUCCGCGGGCUGAAUUUAGAAGCCCUUUGGGCCGGAUCCAGCCCCUGGGCCUUAGUUUGCCUACCCAUGAUCUAGGACAGUGGUGUCCAAACAUUUUUCAAAGAGGGUCAGAUUUGAUGAAGUGAAGGGCCGUGAGGGCUGACCAAAGUUUUUAACCUUUUUUUAGGAUUGAGCUUUUUUAGGAUUUUAUCCCAGGAAAGUGCCACAGGAGCCGGAUUUAAGUUGCUAUGUGUCUUUUUCCUAGCAUGUUCAUGUGGUUCCUGCUACAGAUGUGUGUGCCUUAGGAGGAGCAGAGAUGUUCUUUCUCAGCUUUAGUUAAUGUAGUCACUCAGUAUGCUAAUAAUUGCUUAAGGUAUGCUCUUUUAAAAGUGUGUUUUAAUCCCUUCUUGCGUACUUGUUCUCCUACCCUGUCAUGUGCUUUCUUGCCACUCGUUUACUCUUCAGACCAAAAUCCAUAAGCCAUCAGGCUGUAUUAUACAGUGGAACAGCGACAUUUACUUAGAGCCACAGAUGAAUGGAUGUUUGUCACUGCAUAAUUUUAUCUGUUACUUAGCUUCUAUUUAGAGCAUGCAGUAGUAAGCGGUAAAUCGCAUCCACCUGAGCAUGAGUCAAAAAUAUUCUAUGUGCAUUCCAGCUGCAAAAGGCUUUUCCUUCAGUUUAGUAUUUGGGCAGAGCUUGUUAUCUAAAAUCACUUCCUUAAAAAAAAUUUUUUUUUGUCAUUUUUAAUAUGAAUCACGAACAUCCUGAUCCAGAGCUUUUGCACUUGUGUACGGUAAUUUAUGGUGUGUAGCGAUGCACUAUUUUUGUUUUUUAAAACAACAUUGCAAUAGAUACAUUUAUUUUUUUCAUAAUUUACUGGCACUAUAAAUCACUUCAGCAAUGAAUUAGAGAAAGUACAAUAAUCAGAACAAGCAGGCUAUAAUUAUCACAUGUCAACUCAACUACCAAUGUUAUAUGGAACAAAUGAAGGUGAAAUUUUCUUACUAAAACAAGCCUCAGUAAGCCUUAGGGCAUGCAGGGCCUUACAUCACCCCUUGCCAGAAAGUGCUCUUUUUUUUCUUCUCUAACUAUUCAUGCAUUGCAGAAUGUGAAUGUGAUAAGCUGAAAGUCACCUUUUCGAUUAGUCCAUUGGGGCACUUGUAAAAAAUUAGUAAUGCUACAGGGACGGAAAGACAUUUCAUGUAGGCUGUACAUUUUGGCCUACAUCUUAACUUGAAGACAUGCUCUCUAGAGCUUGCCAAUAGAGAGAAACUUACGUAAUAGUAAUAGUAAUAGUAAUAGUAAUAGUAAUUCAGCCACUUUGUUAUAUUUUGUACAAGGGAGUAUAAUUACCCUAAUGCACUUCAUGUAUGUUGCUGUUUAAAAUAAAAAUGGUUCUGUUUAAAACUGUGAUCUUCUGUUUUAAGCUCUGAUAGAAUAUUAUUAUUAUUUAUUGAAUUUAUAACAGAAUGACAGAAAUGUAGAGUUGGAAGGGACCACAGGGGUCAUUUGGUCCAACCCCCAGUGAUGCAGGAGCCUUUUGCCCAGGGGUCAGCAAACUUGUGAGCGGCCGGACUAUUUUUUGAAGAGAAAAAAAAUGAACGAAUUCCUAUGCCCCACAAAUAACCCAGAGAUGCAUUUUAAAUAAAAGGACACGUUCUACUAAUGUAAAAACACGCUGAUUCCUGGACCGUCCGUGGGCCGGAUUUAGGAGGCGAUUGGGCUGGAUCCAGCCCCCAGGCCUUAGUUUGCCUACACAUGCUUUUGCCCUUCGCGGGACUUGAACCCACAACCCUGAGGUUAACAGUCUCAUGCUUUGCUGACUGAUGCUUUAAACAAAACACAGCUCACAACAUCUAGCACAUUUUCCAGCUGCUAGCUUUACGCUGCAGUCUUAUUCACACUUAUUAGGGAGUAAGCCUCAUUGAACUGCUUCCCAGAACUCCUCCACGCAACCACUUGGCUCACUGGCCAUGCUUAAAGUGCAAGUGAGAACACUUUAAAAUCACAGAAGCAGCAAGACAAAGUAAGAUUUUGAGAUAAAUAUCUUAGAGGGGGGGAAAUUUGAAAAAGCAAUCACAUUUAUGACAUCAAUGGAAUCUCUUUAAACACCUGCCAUCUGAUCCACAUGACAGAAAUAGAUCCCUUCCAAAUUCAGAGGAAGGUUUGCAUGUGGAGUAGGUUCUCCAACAGCAGAAGACAGGACUGAAAUGCAGUCCAGAUAAACUAUAUGCAUUUCCUCAUUGAGGAUAUGAAUGGAUGAACACAAAAAUUAAAAACUGAAAAGUAGAGCACAUGCUUCCCUUAGUCAAGCCUAUUGAGUCACAGAUUUGUAUUCUGCUGCAACAUUUAGCGCUCAUGUGGCCUAUGAAAGUAGAAAUCAAUUGCAGUUAUUCUGCGUAGGGGGAUUAGUCUCCCGUACCCUACUUCUGUAUAAGGCAUUAUGAGGCCCUUUCCUCACUGAAUAUCCAUUUUUUAAUGACUUAAAGUGCAUAGACAAAGGAUAGCAUUUCAAAUUAAGCAGUAAGCCGAAUUAAGACAGUUUUCAAAUGGGUAUCUGAAAAUGUGAGUCCAAAGCAAUGCUUUCUAAAGAAUCUAUAACGACUGGGAUGAUAUCAUGGUCAUCUUGUUGUGUCUCAGCUUGUUGUAGCUGUCUGGUGAAAGAUUGUUACCAAGAUGCUUGUGACGAAGAAGAAGGUUGUUCGUGUCUUGCUUGAAAGUCUUGAUCGACAUCAAAUCAAGUUACUACUUGCUGUGGUUGGGACAACAAUAACACCACCACCUUGUUUGGAAAGAAGGACUCAGCAAAGGUUCUUCUUUCCAGGUUUAUUUUUUCAGGGACAUAGCUAGCUUCCUCUCAUUAGUACUGUGCCUGUGGAAGUACUAGACUAGAGGAGACUACUAGAAGCAGUAGCUUUCCCAGAUACUGCUGUGCAGCCCAAAGAGCUGUUGAGAUGCUGUUCCUUAUUGUUAAAUCUGGUUAGUGCUCUCAAAUAAUUAAUCCAUAGACAAAGGAAGUGGUCUUCUGACUUGGGUUUGGGAGCUUCGCACCACCAGGUGGGUAUUGUAUAGGUCCACCCGCUUGAAGAGGCAGAAAAUGGCAUCCUUUCCCCAGAUUUGGGCUUCUAGAGGGCAGUCCCAUUUUCUGCCUUGCUUGAAGUUGAACAUAAUUUUCAACAGCUCCUCUGGCUCAGCAAAAUUAAAGUAGGGGAAAAGCAGCACACUGCAUUCAAAGUAGUAGAGUAGAGGGCACUUAGCAUGUUUUUUUGUGGCUAACCACUUAAAUAAAAUAUAGCACUAUCUCCUCUCACUGGUUUCAUUUAGACAUAAAAAUAAUGUGUUAAAACCACUCUGGGAUUAGCGCAUCUGUUGGAUCUCCGGAUUUUCAGAAUGGCUGGGAGGUGUCAGCUCAAGGAUGCAUAAAGUUAUUCCGGUUAUGGAAGGGAACACUUUUUCAUGGAGAUGCAUGUUUUUGGCUAGUCCUGUGGUUUUAAUUUUGGUAUUCCAAGUGUGGAAAAUCUGUGUUGUGUCCCAAACAGGGAAUGAUGAUUUCAAAAGUACUGAAUCAGUUUUCUGCAAAGGGUCUGAACAGCAAAGCGCCAAAGCUUCUGACAAGCUUAGCAUCAAAAGAUUCACACAUGUAGUCCUUAAAAUGGCAAGUAACAUUUAUUGUUGAGAAGUGCAGAAUUAAGUUAGCCCUUCCUGCAUUUGGUUCUUAAAGUUAGCUGCUGCUAUUCAAGGCAUUCUUAGAAUACUUUGGUUCCUGAAAAUAUUCGUUCAGUGCUUUAUACUCAUCAAAAGGCAAACAAAAUUUACGGAUCAUUAAGAACUACAUUUAAACUAAUAGGUUUAUAUAGCAGAAAUGAUUCAAACAUACAUUGUGUGCCUUAUGCUGGUCGUGUCACUACUUUGCGCAAGCUGCGUGACCUUACUGGGGAAAGUAUGAAGAAAGGUAGCAAAGGUUAAUUGACUUGUUGAAUGCCUUCCAUAAAAAGGUAUACUAAACAGAUGAAGAUUGGGAGCUUGGAAAAUACAUAGCUUGGGGCAUAUGAUAAAAGAUGGUAUUUAGAAGUAAUCCAGAUGUUCUUACAGGCUUACAAGUCACCACUCGCCUGGUAGUCUGUGGAAAUAAACUCUUAUGAGCACUGAAGGGGUUUUUGGGGUGUUUUAUUUUUUGUAAAUAGUGUGUUGUGAUUUCUUUUUGUACUAUAGACAUGUAAAAGAGGUGCAUGUGGUUUAGAUGUAUGGAUUACAGUGGUACCUCAGGUUAUAUACGCUUCAGGUUACAGACUCUGCUAACCCAGAAAUAGUGCUUCAGGUUAAGAACUUUGCUUCAGGAUGAGAACAGAAAUCGUGGUCCAGCAGCACGGCAGCAGCAGGAGGCCCCAUUAGCUAAAGUGGUGCAUCAGGUUAAGAACAGUUUCAGGUUAAGUACGGACCUCCGGAACUAAUUAAGUACCGUAUUUUUCGCACCAUAGGACGCACCGGACAAUAGGACGCACUUUGUUUUAGAGGGGGGUGAACAAGAAAAAUUUUUUCCCCCUCUCUGCCCAGCGCCCCUUCAGUGAAGCAGCAGGAGGCGCUGCGCAGAGAGGGGGAGAACUUUCCCCCUCUUGUUUUCCCACUCUAAAACAAGGUGCUGUUUAAGGUGCGUUCAGGCGGCUACCUUGGAAGCCUGGAGAGCGAGAGGGGUCGGUGUGCACUGACCCCUCUCGCUCUCCAGGCUUCAGGUUCCUUUCGACCUGCUCUUUGGGGCUGGCGGGGGGAAGCCCACCACCAGCCCCAAAGAGCAGGUCAGGGAGCAGCGGAAAGGCGCAAUGGAGAGGCUCCUGCCAUAGCCGCGCGUCACCUCCCCAGCCGGGAGAGGGUCGCGGGGUGCUUCUUUAGCCCCGCGCGUGCACUCUCCCGGCUGGAGAGGUGACACAGGGCUGUAGAGGUUCCUGCCAUAGCCGCGCAUCACCUCUCCAGCCGGGAGAGGGUCGCGGGGCUAUGGCAUCUUCGCUCCAUAGGACGCACACACAUUUCCCCUUCAUUUUUGAAGGGGAAAAAGUGCGUCCUAUAGAGUGAAAAAUACGGUACUUAACCCGAGGUACCACUGUAGUUGCAUUUGUGAACAGUGUUUGAAAUUUGUCGGUCGCUGGUCACAUUUUGCGACCUGGCAGCCGGCCUUUUGCGACUGGAUGGAGAUGUCCAGGUGAGGUGCCACCCUUGGCACCCAGUGUCUCCACCUGCCUUGCUGCAGUCGGGCUACUCUGCAGACUGCUUGAUUCACCCAGUAGCAAAAAGAAUGUGUGUGUGUAUUGCUGCUGGUCUGGUAGCGGGGCAGCAGCAAAAAAACUAAAAAGUGCCUUGACAUUUUGUUUUGGCGCCCACAACCUAGGUCCCAGGAGCCACAUGGCUCCUAGCAUUCCUAUUGCAGUUUCUAACACUAUCUUUACAAGACUAAUGUGUUGCAAAACAUAUCUGCUAGUAAUCACAUGGUGAUCAAAUGUGCAAAAUGUGAAAAGUGGUUCUUAUUUGGAAGGAAGGCAUACAUUGCCCCUUUCUGCUUCCUUUCUUCGCCAAACCUUUAUCAGGCAUUACAAAUAUAGACCAUCAUAAAACAUCCAUAUAUAAAAAUUUAAAAAUAUACAAAUAAACAACCUUUUAAGAAUAUGUAAUAACGAGGAUUUUCAUUGGAAUUUCUUCCUGCGAAAUAGUGCCAUUCUUAAGAGAUACUAUUGAUAACAGCUCAGCCACCCUUGCAGAUACUUCCGGGUUAAUGUCAGGCAGGUAGAAUGGCACAAUGAAAAUAUCAGAUUCUAUUUCUAUCUGAGUUUCAUUAUAUAUAUAUAAAAAAAAAACUUGUAAAAAAAAACUUUUUCGAAAAGUAAAGCAAGAAGGAAUCUUCUUACAGCCAUCCCUCAUCUCCUGCCUACUUCCCUUUUUUGUGUGGUUCCCCCUGCUCUAUGAUUUUUACACAUGAUAAUCCCCAAACACAUUACCAGCUGGCAGUCAACAUGUACAAAGACUGCCUGGAUAUGUCCAUACAAAACAGAUACUCCUGGUGUAAUUAAAAAAUGUCACAAGUAGUUGAUAUAGAUGCAGCGGGUUAGCAGAACGGAUUCGUAGUCUCAGGUAAGUACUAUCAGCCACUCUAAAAUUAGAGGGCAGAGAAAGAUCUGACAUAGCUGAGAUACAGAUUUUAAUGGGGAAAUCAUUUUACCGAUUAUCACCAUGUUAUUGAUUAUUUGGCCAAUUGAGUUACAGUCAAAAAAAGCUGCAUUUUCUAAAAUGUUUUGUUAUGUAUGUAACUUUCCUGUUUGUCUUUAAAGAAGAGGCAUGCUUAAGGGUAGAACAUUGUUUUCAAGACCACAUCUUCCCUGUAAGCCGCUCUCCCUAGUUCUUUGAUACUACUUUAGGGGAGAAGUAUCUCCCAGAAAUUUUAGGUACAGUGGUACCUCAGGUUACAUACGCUUCAGGUUACAUAUGCUUCAGGUUACAGACUCCGCUAACCCAGAAAUAGUACCUCGGGUUAAGAACUUUGCUUCAGGAUGAGAACAGAAAUCAUGCAGCAGCGGCGCAACGGCAGCAGGAGGCCCCAUUAGCUAAAGUAGUGCUUCAGGUUAAGAACAGUUUCAUGUUAAGAACGGACCUCCAGAACGAAUUAAGUUCUUAACCCAAGGUACCACUGUAUAUGUCAUGCUUUAGUGUAGAAGUGGCAAUGAGUGAAUUGAACAGAUAACCAUCAAAUGUCAAACUGAUUUCCCCCCCCCAGACAAUAUGCCAGCUCCUGAGCAGACUUCUUUGGAAGAAGGACUGCAACAGACCACCCAGGAACCUUCUACAAGUCCGGGCAUGGAGACAGAGGCUACUGCCACCACUAUUCUAGCUUCUGUAAAAGAACAGGUAUUGUUUUGUUUUGUUUUUAAAAGAAAUCUCUCUCUCUCUGUGUGUGUGUGUGUGUGUGUGUGUGUAUAUAUAUAUAUAUAUAUAUAUAUAUAUAUAUCUAUCUAUCUUCGUAUAUGGGUGGGUUUGAGUUUCCCAAGCCCAGAUAUUAAAUAUUAAGCACACUGGGCUGUCUUGCUGCCACUUCGAGAUAUAAUGGUUGCUUUUUUUCCUCAGGCUGAGCAAGAUUUCGCUUUGUCCCAUUGCAGGGUUUAUUUGAUUUAAAUCACUAGUCAGUAAGACUUGAUUUAAAUCAUAUUUUUUUACAUAAAGACUCGUUCUUGCUGGUAUAAUCUUAAUUUUUACAACUAGAGGAAAGGUUUCCUUUUUGGAGUAAUAAAUUUUCAGAGUAGUUUUUACAGUUAUAUCAAAAAUUACUGAUUUGAUUAGAAAUACAUAGACAGAUAAUUAUGAAAUGAUGGUGAGGUUUAAUAAGUUAAUUGUUUAUAUUUGGAGAACUUUUCUGCUGUACUUUAUUGGAAGGAGGAAAAUAAUCAUUUCUCUAAUAACAAUUUUAAACAAUUUAUUUAACUAAAACAAUAACAUUAUAGCAUAUGUAUCCAUGUUUGUUAACUGAUGUGGUUAAACAGUUUUUUUAAAAAAAACACACAUUAAAAACUUAAAUCCUUAUUUCCUGAUGAAUAGCCUUUGGACUAUAAUGUAACUUAAAUAGAAAACUAUCUUUAGAAAGAUUUUUCCUUUGAAAGCAUUUUAUUUUAAAAAUCCAAUUUAAAUUCAAAAAAAUCCGAUUUAAAUUUUAAAAAUCUGAAUUUUUUAUUUUUAAAAAAUAAUAAUUGAUUUUUAUCCACCCUGUCCCAUUGUAAUAAUUUUCACUGGAAAAUAUUUUGUACUGUAGUAGUAGCAGCAGACUGUGCUGGGCAUUGUCACAGGAGAUUCAGGUUGAGACUCCCAAUAAAGCUUUUAAGUUUGCUUGAUGACCUUGGAUGAGACUCUCAGGCCAACUGAAGUGUUGUCAUGAAAGAUAAUUGGAAAGUACUUUGCAUAAUGCAAAUUCCUAUACAAAUGAUUUCAUAAGAUGCUUGAGUGGUACUUGGCAAUGCAUAGUCAAAAAAAGAAAAAGUGGGGGGGAAGGAUAGUGGAGUCCAGGGACAAUAAAAUCUAGUAUUGCUGGUGUAAUAUGAACUAUCUCAAGGUUCCACUCCAUUCUUCUGAAUGAAAUGUCUCUUUCUGAGAAUGAACAACUCCGCAUUGAACCAGCUCAAACAUAGUCAGUGUAGUAUAGUGGUUAUUGUUGGGCUAGGAUAUAGGUUGGGCUGAAAGGCCUAUCUGACAGGGCUGCUGUGCAGAUAUGAUGAAGCAGGAGACCCAUGAUAUUGCUACCUUGGAGGAAAACCAGGAUAUGAACGUGGUAUAGAAAUAAAAUAAUGACCAGGCAUAGGCAAACUCGGCCCUCCAGAUGUUUUGGGACUACAACUCCCAUCAUCCCUAGCUAACAGGACCAGUGGUCAGGGAUGAUGGGAGUUGUAGUCCCAAAACAUCUGGAGGGCCAAGUUUGCCUAUGCCUGUAAUAGAUAUCCCUAAGGACCAAGUCAGCAUAUGAACCGGAAGACUUAUUUACAUAUAAGAGAAAGUAAUCAAAGUCUCUUUUCUGCACUGAAAAGUAAACUUUUAUACCUUUUAGGUACAUCUGCAAAGCUUUGUUCAGUACAAUUUGGUUAUGGGAGCCUCAUUUCCUUAAAGGAUAUUAAAGCUUUUUGAGCCAGAAGUCAUCGUUCAAGUGAUGUGAUUUGCUAUCGGAACAAGAGUAUUGUUGCCAUCUAGUUUCUCAGUCUUUGGCACAGGGGCUGGAUGUGGCCCUACAGGCCUUUGCAUCAGGUCCUCAGGACUCUGUCCAGGCUCUGCCCCUCCCCAAGCCACACCCCUUUCCAGUCCUGCUCCACACUCUCCCUGAGAAUGCUUUUGUGUGCCUGGACUGUUUCCUUGAAGUGUGAUCAUGCCUCUUGCUUGCUUGAUCAUGCCUCUCUCUGCUGAAGCCAGGAGAGUCUUGCUCUCCCGGCUUCAGCAAAAGGAACCUGAAGCCUGCGGAGCGCAGCGGGAACUCACGCUGUGCUCCGAAGGCUUCAGGCGGCUAUCCCUGAAGCCUGGAGAGCAAGAGGGGUCGGUGUGCACCGAUUCCUCUCGCUCUCCAGGCUUCAGCGAAAGCAACGCAAAGCCUCCGGGGCACGGAGGGAGCGCCCCCUCUGCACUUCGGAGGCUUCGCGUUGCUAUCGCUGAAGCCAAGGAGCCUGCAUUCACUCCUUAGGACGCACACACAUUUCCCCUUAAUUUUUGGAGGGGAAAAAGUGCCUCCUAUAGUACGAAAAAUAUGGUACAUUCCUCUGGCCCUGCCUACAAUGCUGUAUGCUGCCCCCCAAAGGUUGCCGAGCCAGGAAUGUGGCCAUUUGCCUGAAGAAGCUUCCUCACCCUAUGACAGAGCUCUCUCUCUCUCUGUGUUUUCAUGUGCUCCUCCUCCCAAAAGUAAAUAUCGUUCAGCAUUGCUGCAGUUAAUAUACCAGAAAUUAUCUAGUUAUAUCAAAGCUGCAGUGAGUUUUAACGAUGUCAUGUAGAACUUGGCUACAUUAUCCUUACAGACUUCUGCUGCCUACAGCUGAGAGUCACACCAUUCACAAAAGGAGUGAGUUUGCGUUAGACUAGAGUUUCAGUGCAAAGCAUGUUGAAAUUCCCAUGAGGUGCUAGAAACCACAAGGAGAGAUUUAGAAAUACUUUAUAAAAUCAAAAAGAAAGCCACAGGAUGUUUAGAAUAGUUUGACAGGAUUGAUUUGGAGAAGUCAGAAGGAUUCUGUGCCUACUUUGUGUCCUGCCUUUACAACAGAGGAAAGCUGCCAGGGCUUUUGGAAAUAUUGAUGGGGAUGGUAAAGCAUGUCAGGAUGACGCUAGAGCACAAUGUGAGGUGGUGUCAGCAGGACUUGACAAUCAUGCAAGGAUCCUGAAGUUUAGAAUAUCUUCCUCUUACACAUGAAAACUUGAGUGAAAAAGCCUUAUUUCCUUAUCAUUCUGAAACAAAUCUGCUAGUUAGGCUUCCCUGUCUAAGAAGGUAGUGACACACAUAAUAGAACCUCCUAGGUGCUUACGGAUUAGUUGAUAAUUGAUUUUCAGUCAUCAGUAGUUAUGUAUUAGGGGUAAUCAUGAGAGAGCAACAUGGUUUUCUUUCAUGCUAAUGCAUUCUGGAAGGCAGGAAUGCAGUUAAUGUAUUUAUUAUCUGCAAGGCUUUUGACCUAGUUGAAUAUGACAUGGCCAUAAGAAUGUUUGAGGAAUGUGCAGUAGAAAAAACUUCCAUAUGAUUGACAUGCAGUUGAUUGUAAAAAGGCAUCAUGGAAGAUUGUGAUAUUUAUUAGUUACUAUUAUACCAAACUCUUCCUCUAAAGAGCUUUGAAGUGGCUUAAAUAUAUGACUCUCAAGAUUCCUAAUCUGCAGUAAAACUUUACAACAUCUGGUGGUGAUAAGGGUGAAAAGUUCAGUAAUCAUCUUAGUAUUUUGAAUGGUCUACAUGCUACACCAACUAUUCUUAUUUGAACAUGCCUUUUAUGACACUGCUUAAUGCAGGAAUGGUGAUCAGCACUACCUUUUCUUACCUGUGUCCCACAAUAAUGUAUUGGAAUGACUUCGUGUCUUCCCCUUCCCUUGGUACAAUUUCUUUGUAUGUCUAGUUAUGGCAAGUCCGGUUUUCCCAGGUUUCACUAAAUCCUUGCUCUGUAAUAUUUAUUAUUUGUAUAGAACAUAGAUGGGCAACUAUUUUCCCUGAAGGACCGAAUGGAUUGGUGGGUGAAUGGUCAGGGCCACAUGCCAGAAGCAUGACUGGAGGCAGUAGAGCAUAGCUUCAGCCUCUUCUCCUCAAUUGUUGGAUCAGAUGAAAGAUCUGGGAGCAGGGUGGUUGCCUUCCAUGUGCAUCAGGAUGUAAGUUGUGUUGCAUUGCCUUGGUGAGAAGAGCAACCAAUGAAUUAAAUAAAUAAUAAUGAUAUCAAUAAUAAUAAUAAUAAUCAGGCCUAGGACAUCAGCAGGUCCCCCUCACCUUCCUGACCUGAUGGAUCCUAGGUGCUGGCAGUGAUGCUUCUGACCUUGGCCUCCUCCCGCUGUCUGGCAUCACAGCAGCUCCCCGCCAUGACUCACUGUUCAGGUAAUGCUCUCUUCACUUCCCUCCAUCAUCAUUGCCUCUACCAGUCUUCCAUGUGCAGCCUCCCCCUCUUGUGCAUUUCUGGCAUCUUGUGAGCGUGCACCCUAGACAGUUGUGACAGCCCCAGCUGCAUGCUACCUCUCUACUUACAGAGCCCUUAGUUGCGGGGCAGAGAAUCACCGCCUGGUUCUUGGCUUCAUUGGUUCCAGGUGCCGACCUGACUUUUGAUUGGCUUCAGGUGGUAGUGAGUUAUGUUCUUUCAAUCCUGAGGAACCCCAGUAGCCGCUGGUGCCCUCCUCGUCCUGCCAGUCCUGGCGCCCCCUGCCACACCACAACAUUCAGUCCCUUAUGAAAUGGGAGCAUACUUUUAUACCAGCCAGCAAGCAUGUAGCAGUGCUUUUCCCUCUCAUGCCCCCUAAGGCCAGCCCUACAUUAGAAGACACGAGGUCUUCACCUCCCUGUACUGGGGAAGUGUAACAGAUGGAAAUUUAGCAGUGGGUUGACACAGGUGUGGUUGGUAAAGAAAGCAGUCUUUCAAUGAUGGAAAAAAUCAUCAACUAGGAAUAUCUGGGACCUGCUGACCUGCGUUGUAUUAAUUGCCUCUUGGAACAGAUUUCACAGUAAAAGCAAGCACCACCACUGCCUAUUGCUGCUAUCAGAGCACCAUCAGUACCACUCAUUAGUAAGGAACCUGAAGGUGCAGACUAGAUUGGUAUUUUAUUCCUAAAUCUUACAUCCUUGUUGGAUAUUUUUCCUUGACAAUCAAACUAUUGAUUUUUGACACUCAAAUGUACCCCACUUUGGCUAUGAUCCUAGCUUCACUUAUCUGGGAGCAUGUCCCAUUGAAUCCAAUAGAGUCUACUUCAGAGUAGACAUAGGAUCGUGCUGUUGGUCAUGUUCAGCCUGAUCCUAUUAACGUUAACUUGGAAGUAAAUCACUCCAUUCACUCAGUAGGGCUCUUCCCACGUAGGUGUGCAUAAUCCACAUGUCUAUUCAGAAACAAGCCCCAUUGAAUUCAAUAUGCCUCAUUUCCAGGUUUGGAUUGCAGCCUAAGAUGUAAAACAAUUGCUUCUUAUUAACCUGUUGAGAGGAGCGUAUUGGGUUCACCAGGAGCAGUGUAAUUGCUUUGAAAAGAGUUUAGGUAAUUGAAAGUACUGGUAGAUACUGGCUAUUAUCGAAUGCUUUGGUUUUUUUAAAGAUUAGUGUUAAAACCUGUCCUUGGUAUAAAGACUAUCAUCUUGAAUAAAUGUAUUUUAACUGAGUCACUGGGAAGUGGAACUGUUCUCCAUUUAUAAUGCCAGUUUCAAAAUAAUAGUCAGUAGUCCCAGAUUGUGCACUUGAGGCACAUGAGUAAGUAAAAAAGAUAAAUGGGGAUCCUUGUCUCUUCCUUGGAAGGGAAAGAAUCAAGGGCAUUAAGAAAUUGCAUGCAGUUUUUGAAUAUUCAGUCUUCUAUUGAUAUUGCUAUGCCAGUGUUGGUAAUUAAACACUCUUCCUGUAUGGCAGAGAGCCCAGAGCUGAAUGUUUUCCAAUAUAAUUAUGUACUUUUUAUUCAGCUCAAACUGAGGCUUCAGUGUUGUUUGUGCUUGCCUCUUGAACUUCCCUUUAUUGCAGUUAAUAAUUCUUAUUUACAGUGGACUUCUAUUUGCAAAAUAAUUAAGGCUGCCACACCUUAACUAUUUAAACCAACUUUAAAGGUGUUCAUGUCAAAUUUUUUAAAAAAAUUCUAAGCACAGUUGUUGGUUUUUUUGUUUUUUAAAUGAGUAUGGUGGAGCAGGGAGAAUGGAGAUGCAAAUUGAACCUGAGAAUAAAAUUCUAAAAUAAGACCUGGAAUUGCUUCAGGGUAGAUAUAUGAAAUCCACCUUUCUCUUGCCACACAAUAAGUCUAGCUCUUGUCUUAAUCAAAGUGAGCUUAUAGGAGAGGGGCUUAAAGCAAUAUAUUUUUUGGUUUGGUUUCUUUGGUUACCUUGAAUGUAAUAAGGCUGUCAGCUGGCAUGCAACAGGAUAACUACAAAAUAAUUCCAGGAUAAAAGCCAAGUUUAGCCAAUGAAAGAAGAAACAAAAGUCCUGUGGCAUCAUGAAGACUGAGAAUGUCAUUAUGGCAUGCAUUUUCAUGAAGCAGUUCUCUUACUUUAUAAGAUGCAUGAAGACUGGCAAAGAAUAUUUAUACAACACACCCAUGCCCACUACUCGUUCCUAAUGGACAUGGAUGACGGUUUAACUAUUUUGGCUUUGUAUUUAAAUUAGUAUAUUUUUGUAUGAAAAACUUGCACCUCUCAUGAGCAGGAAAGUUGAUAUAGCUGCAAUAAUCACUUUCAGGAUUAUAAUUUUGUUUUUGAAAUAGACAGCUAGGAAUUGCUGCUGGGAAUGAAAUUAUAGAUCUGUGGGAUGACUGCUUCUAUGCAUAUGUAAAUACUACGGUAUCAGCAAAUGAGCUGUUGAAUUGGCAAGCUGAAAUGAACGAUGCCUGUUGGGGCAUUGUGUUCCUGUUUAUCAUAAAGGAAAAGCUUUGCUCUGACUAUAGCAGCUUGUUCUGAAUGCAAAAACAAAAAAACCCCAAUACAUCUUUUUUCAAGGUUUUUUUUGGCACUGAAGAAAAAUUCCAGCCUCCUCUGAUUCAUUCUCAUUCUCUCUGUGUGGGGGUAGGGGUGCGUAUGUAGAAAGGUAUUAUGAGCGCACUAAGUUGCUAGCUCUGUAGCUUCAUGAACAAUGACUAUCAAGUUUUUUUCUGAUGACUUUGGAUACAUCUUUACUAGACUACUGUUGAUAGGAUAAGGCCGGUUGCUUAUUAAAUACUUCGGUUGGUGUUGUUGGACAGAUUCGCACUCAGGACUGGAGGAGAGAGCCUGCAGAAGGUUCCAGGCUGUGAUCUCAAAAGAAUGGUACCAGACCAUUAUCAUUUCCCAUUAUGUACCCUACACAACUACCUCUUCGUAAAAAAAUAAUUUGUAAAUCAAACUUAACUUCAUGCACCAAUGUCAGUGUACAGUGGUACCUCAGGUUACAUACGCUUCAGGUUACAGACUCCGCUAACCCAGAAAUAGUGCUUCAGGUUAAUAACUUUGCUUUAGGAUGAGAACAGAAAUUGUGCUCCGGCGGCACGGCAGCAACAGGAGGCCCCAUUAGCUGAAGUGGUGCUUCAGGUUAAGAACAUUUUCAGGUUAAGUAUGGACCUCGGGAACGAAUUAAGUACUUAACCCGAGGUACCACUGUAUUAAUAUUAACACUCUACUAUUAAUGUAUUGAUUUGCUUUUUGUUAUGCUUGCUAUAAUUAAUGAAAAAUAGCUCAACAUUGAUUGGAGUGCUUGAUAUAAAGUUCUAUAGAAUUUUGAAUAAUAAUAAAAAAAACCCUUUUGCAUUAUGGCCACCAUAAUGUGUAAACAUGGUCCAUGUUUGGUGGGUGUCAACAGCUGGGUCUCGGGUUGCUUUGCUUAUUUUGCUUAUUUUGCUUAGCUCCGUUGAAAGCACUCUUUUGACUAGGAAGCACGGAUAUAGAAUACCCUGGCACUGGCUGUUUCCCAAGCAAGAGAUCCUUUUUGUUUUGGUGCCUCGAGACAGAAAUUUCAUAGUGUUGUGAUGGUGUAUAUUGGCGUUGUAUAUUAACAACUACAGCUAGGAGAAAAGUAGUAUAUCGAACACUCAGUUAUUUAAAUAUUGAUCCAGGUAACAGCUCUGAACAAAAUGGCACUUGUAGCCAUUCCACAGUUUCAGUAGGAGAGAUGAGAAGCAGGGCUCAUUCCAUCAGCUUUGCCGAAAGACCAGCUCCAUAAGGCACCUCCUUUCCCUGAACUGUCACCCUUAAGAAAAAGAAGUAGGAAUAGGUCGAUAUAUAUAUAUAUGUGAACUAUCCCUGGGUAAAGUUACUUUUCUUCUUUAAGUUCUCGACAUUCUUAACCUAGCUCAAGGUUGUCAUCUGAACUAGCCAGAUGUUUAACUGAUAAUCAAUCUCAGUCAGCCCAUCAUUUGAAAAAUAGGACUUCAGGGCCAUCUUGCCCCAAAAUGGCAACUAAACAUUCUGUUUGGCAACUGCAACCUUGGUUUAAGGAGCCAUUUGGUGCCUAGCUUAUAUAUCAGAUUUUCUAACACUGAAACCAGGGCUUCAUCGUUAAGCUGUCUCCAGACUAAUUAUGAUAGCAGCACGGCAGUAAAAAAGGACUGGGGAGGAGGAAAAUGGCUGCAAGCUCAUCUCCUAGGGCCUUCAUAUUAGCACUAAGCCAAAGUUUGGCUUAGCGUGAUGUGCAAAGAACACCAUAGUUUUGUAAAACUACUUCAACAAACAAUAGUUAUAAUGAACCAUGGCUUGUCCUCGUUAGGGUGUCAAAACAAGCAGUGGUUAAUUUGAACAGAAGAACAAUUGGCAAACUCUGGUAAUCCUACCAAUUCUAAUCCCAUGGAAUGUGCCCUCAAAGAUGUACAAACUGUUUUUAAUUUAUAUAAGGAAUCAGUCAAAUAAACUUUGUUAGAGAGCCCUUGGUUCCCUUCCCCCCAUAAUAAAACUGAUAACUGUCCCUGGGAAAUUAAAUAUUCAGAAAAUACCGUACUUAUCUGUGUAUAAGACUAGGUGUUUUUUUUACUCUAAAAUAAUGUUAAAAAAUGGGGGUUGUCUUAUACAUGGGGGUCAUCUUCCCCCAUUUUCAUAAAUUUGAGUCCCUAAAAAUAGGGGUCGUGUUAUACAUGGGGGUGUGUUAUACACAGAAAAAUACAGUAUGUUAAUAAAAGGAUCUGGCAAACCUGCUUAGAGGAAUCUGCAGAAAGUUACCCCACCCUUUGUCAGUCUCAGUUAAAAGGAAAUAAUUCCGAACUAUUAUUGAAGUUUCCUUCUGUUGGUAAGAGAGACGAAUAUUCAGUCUAUUGAUAUUUGGAAUCAUAUGAAUUAGAUUAGCCCCCUUCAAAAUUGUAACAAAGAUCAGAUUGUAAGUGUAAUUGUACAGGUCAGAAGAACAGUGGAAGGGUAUUUUUUAAGACAUUGCAGGCUUCCUAGAUCAAUCUGAGUACUUGGUUAUUUCCUCUUAGAGUAUAGCAGGAUGAGCAAAAAAGAAGAGGCUAUCGAUCCUGAAUUUAUUUCCUAUGUGAAACCAUUUGACUUAUUUUGCUUACCAGAAACUUGGCAUAUAAAUAUUUAUACUGCCCAUCUGUGAGAUUUUAGGAUACUGUCUCUCUCAGCUUUUAAAGUAUCCAAGUGUAGUUGUGGGACAGGCUGUUCUCAUUUCUGCAGAUAUUCAGAUAUACUGUAGACAAAAUACUUUAAAAUUAACAAAUAAUGGGCAUAAAUAAACUGUUAGGGGAAAAUACUUCAAGAAUUUAUUGAUUUCCCUUAAAUCAAUAAACCACCAAGUUAAGGAGGUUUUAAGCAAGUACUACUGUAUAUUGAGAAAGCAUACAAAGACCAGAUAUUUUGUUGUUUGGGGAUUUUAAUGUGUAGGGAUAAUGAAUGAAUGAGUAACCACAAUCCUUUUGGUACAAAUGGUGUAAAUUUCUUAGGGUAGAUUUGUGAAUAAAUAACUGGUGAAUUCUGCAUUUCACUACAUAUAACAGGAGUGGGGAACCUCAACCCUGGGGUCUGGAUGUGACCCUCCACUCCACUGUGUCUGGCCCUUGUGACUCUCUACAGGACACAACACUUGCUGAUCCUGCUCUGUGUCCUCCUUGAGUACUUUUCAUGAGUAGAAUGUGCCUUUGGACCAUGAUGAUAACCUCUUAUUGCCUGGAUGGAGACACAGGUGCGAAUAGAAACCUACAGGCAUCUGCUACAUCACUUAGAUGGAUUUUUAAAAAAGCCAAUUUUGUAGAUUUCUCCAACAACGGGAGCGGAGUCGACUACAUUCUUGUUUGUUCAGCGUUGUUUCUGAGGUAAAAAAUUUAAGGGUCAAGUUCCUAGUGAUCAUCUUUCACAGAGGUACGGACUUGGGCUUCAGAUUGACGUCACUCGCGCUAUCAUGUGUGCGCAAUGUGAGAUGACGUCAUGCAUGCGCUACUUGCCUGCCGCCACCCACUGCUUUGCCUCUACUUGCUCUCUGGCACUGCCACAGAGACUAUUGGAGCUCGCUGUAGCCGUGGAUGUGUCCUGUGGAGCUGGUGCUUAUGUUGCACCAUGUGAUGUCACACAUGUGACACGUUGGGUCACCUGGCUGGGCACCCACAGUGGAAAGUUUGUGGGUGCUGAGAGACACCCGCUCCCCCCCCCGACCGAGAUGCUGCCCAUUAUCUUUCACUAGGAUGCACAAGGAGCAGCAACAGGUGAGCACCCAUUGCUGUGUCCCAGCUCCUGCCAACCUAGCAGUUCGAAAGCACGCCAAUGCGAGUCGAUAAAUAGGUACUGCUGCGGUGGGAAGGUAAAUGGCAUUUCUGUGCACUCUGGCUUCUGUCACAGUGUCCUGCUGCUCCAGUAGCAGUUUAGUCAUGCUGGCCACAUGACCCAGAAAACUGUCUGUGGACAAACUCCGGCUCCCUCAUCCUGAAAAGUAAGGUGAGCGCCGCACCCCAUAGUCAAAUUCUACUGGACUUAACCGUCCAGGGGUCCUUUACCUUUUACCUUUAUAUUGAGGAAAGCUAUACUGCAUGGAUAUCGUCUGUGCAAGGUGAUGGGUUUAAGAGAUGACUUUAUAAAUAAUGGCCCAUUUAAUCUGGCACAUUAAACCAUACUUAAAACAACCUGUGAUUUAGUGUGAAUGAGCAGCAUGCUGGUGCGCACUUCUGGUGCACUUCACUCCUUCCCUGUUCCUGCUGCAUUGGGGAGGAACCAGACUAGGGAUAUUCUGGUUUGUCAUUAUGUACAAACCUGGGCUUAUGACUUGUUUUUUGGUUUCUGCUUGUGGCUUGUAUGGAGAAAAACAAACCAUGAGCCCAGGUUUGCAUGCAAUAACAUCCUACGUGACGUGGGAGAAGUGAGACGUGGUAUUUUGAGCAGUGUGCACCAACACACGAAGGGGGGUUGUGGGGGGGUUGUGUGGGAAAAAAGCUCGUGUAUAUCCAGACUUAAUAAACUUGAGAUCAUCUGAACAACAGCCAUACUGGUUACUUGCAGAAAGAGGUGCAUCACACUCUUGAAUGAUAUGAGCUUGACCUGUAAAUAUUUAUGCCAACAUACUGUAGCAAGCAACAUUUGUCUGAGUAUAAUUAUUGUAAGUGUACAUUAGUGAAAAGGCUUUUAAAACCCAUUUAACUCUAAUUUGCUUGUUAUCCUAAUUAUUCCUAGGGUUCUGAUUAGUUAGGGAUGUUUUAGUGUGGGAUGUCUUUACUGCCUGCUUUCAAAUUCAUGAGAUUUGAGUUAUGUUCUUAUCCUGUUGUCUUAUAGGUAAGUUGCUUUGAUCACUUUCUCCUCCAUUAAUAUGCAACUUUCCUUAGGAGACGAGCCACAUUUUUGAACAGAGAUCUUGAAUUCAAGUAGUAUCUCUUCGCAGAGUUUUAAAAACGUUUUACUAGUACUGCAACUGCUACUGAUUACUUAUAUGCAACCCAGUGACAACUUUUUUUAAGGAUGAGGAAUUGAGGCAGAAGCUGAUAGAAUCACUUUUGAUUUGCACAGGCUAAUAGAGGCCAAUCUGUUCUCUCCGUGUUGUGCACAUUCUUAUAAUCAAAUUUUCUGCCAUAGUGAUAGAUGUGAGCUUGUGCAUGCCUAUCUGGUGUACAGUGUGCCAUAGACACAUUAGAAUAUCAGUGGUACAGCAGUGAGGAAAGCAUUGCCAUGAACUCUGAAACAAAUACUGGAUUUCAGGCUUCAUGAAGUGAUAAACACUGCUGUCCUUCCAGCUGAUGCAAAUAUUAGUUCUGUAAGUAAACGUAAAUUAAGUGUGCUGUAGAUUUAGCAAUCUUGUUUCGAAUUCACAGCUCCUGAAAGACCAAGCUAAGCAAUAUAUAGGGGAAACGAAACAUUGGCUUCCUACGUUUUAAAUGUAGAUGCUAGAAAGUUGUGCAGAUACCCCUUAAGUAUGUAUUUUUUAUUUAUUUAUUUAUUUAUUUUUCAGUUUUAAAUUUAACAAUGAUAAUCUUUAUCUUUAAUCUUCCUUUAUAUUUGUAUCUUUCAUUUUGACUUCCCUCUAAUCCUUCUCUGGUUACAUAGAGAAACCGUUUAAUUAAACUGCACCUCCCCCCUUGACAUCUUUUUUUUAUUAUAAUUCUAUCUACUCCACCCCACCCCCCACAAAAUCACCUUUUAACUGCUUGGUUUUAUAUUAAUCCUGCUAAUGCGUUUAAUUGUUUACAAUAUUUCUUUAAAUCAAUGAAACUUGCCCAUUCUUCAAUGUCUGGAAAAAUCUGGACAUAUGGCAACCCAUAUCAGAAGUGGUGAUUUUGGCGAUUUUGGGGGGAGGGAGCUCUAAAACUUCUUUUUGUGAUUUCGCAAAAUAAAACUCCCAACAAGUUUGGCCAAAAAAAGCUCAACAACUUGAAUACAUGGCUACUGUAUUUUAGAGACCAGGGGCUUAUGCACAGUCUUCAAGUAAUCAUCAUUUUAAUGGCUGACAUUCUAACAUCCAUUAAAUUUAUUUUAUGGAUGGCUGUUACAUGAUGUAUAAUGGAUGUUUGUUUGUUCUGAAGUCUGACCUUGUCUAUAAAUGCCGGUAAAAAGAUUUAAACCCUUCAACACAAAUGAUAUACUCAACACCAUUUUAUUGUGCAUGUACGAAGCUUAUUAGAGGAUUAAUUGGAACCAUUAACAUUCAUUUUCCUUCUGAUGGAAGUUUGCAGCCAGAUAACUUUACUGUCAUAUGUUAAUAACACUGAACUUUACUUAUGUGAAUCUGUCAAUUUUCUAAAAAGAUAGGAGAUGGAGAUAUUUCAUCUGGGCUCAUUUAGAUGCCUGGGAGAAAUGUUUAGAAACCAAAAUAUUCCUAGAAGCCAACAAAAAAUGUCUAGGUGUUUGGGCAAUUAGAUCUCUUGAAUUUUUCUAGCCUUGGGGGCUAUUUCUUGUGGAAGAAAAGGGGGUGGGGAGUAUUUUACCAUUGCAUCAAAGAAUAAUUGUCUGUUCUGUUUGUGUCAAGCAAAUAACAUAUGUAGCUGCAUGAACUCUUUUGGUUCAACACACUUUGCUCUAACACAAGGCCAAACAGAUCUCAUUCUUAUAAUAAUCACCACACCUUUAGGUUGCCCAGGUCUGUGAAGGCUGUUGGGAAUUAACCAGCUGUGAAGAGUAAAAUUGACUGUCAUAUUGACUUUUCUAAACUUGGGUGGCUUUUACAGCCUCCUUCUUACACCUCUCCUCAACUUUUGAAAUAAAAUGAUGUGGUUUAAGCUUAAUAAACAACCGAGGAGCAAGUGAACUAAUAAGCAGAUUUAUCCUAGAAAUCAGAACAGAGACUGGACUAAAAAGGCAGACGAAAGGACAUUCUAACCAAUACUGACUUGGCACAGAUAUUGAAUUGCCAGAUGGACUUGGCUUCCAAAUGUUGAUUCUCAGCUGGCAUAGACUGUUGGCAACAUGCAUCUAAGUUGGCCAGUCCAAACAAGACACAUACCUCUGUUAGAAAAACUUAGGUAUAGGUUUUUUAAAUACAUGGUAAUCGAUAGCAGAAGGCAAGCUGGGGCAACAGCACUCACCUGACCUCCAGUCAGUUGCAUCCCUGCGGCUUACCACUGCAAAAACAUUGUGAUGACCUCCCCUUCUACCUCCCGGUAAGCAGCAACAGUGAAAGGAUGGGAGGUUAGGUGAGCACUUCUGCCACACUUCUGAGGAUAGUAUUACAGUCCACGUGUGACAGAAGAGCUACCUCUACAACUAGGCUGGGAAACCUGUGGGCCUUAGAUGUUGCUGGAAUACAUACAACUUCCUUAAUCCCUGACCUUUAGCCAAGCUGGCUAGGGAUGAUGGGAACUGGAGCCUAACAUUAUCUAGAUGACUGCAGGUUAGCACUCCUGCUCCAGAAUUUGUUCGAAGUUGUAAUUAAAAGGUGAUUUGUAGAAAGGGUUCAGUACUGAAUGUGAUCCAGGGAAGGAAGUUCUAUUAGCAGUGUUGGCCAGUGGAACAUCUGAUGGAACUCAAAGCGAAACACACGGCAGCAGGGCAGGGGCUAUAAAAGAAUGGACUCAGAACCUGCUUGGCCAUGUACAACUUUUCUAAUAAUUAAGUAAUUCCCCGCAAAUUUUUGGGAAUCUCCUGCUUUUGAUUAUGGCCUUUGUUUCCACACUACUUCUAUAAAGUGUAAAGAGCAAACACCCAAAGCGACAAAACAUUUGCGAAUGGAGUUCAGUAUUAUAUGCAGAGUUGUUGUUUUUUUUAAAAAUUGCAAUGACUUUUUCUAAUAUUACCUCAAAAUAGAUUUGUAGCAGCAGGAACUGGUGGUGCAAUUUUAUGGGAGAAAAAUGUAUAGUCGCACAAUUUUCGGUUGCAUUGAGGUAUGUUCUUGAUAGCAUCUAGAGUAAAGAAAACCCCAAAAGGUCCUAAUUAAUUUAUUGAGCUCCACAAGAGAGAGGGAGGAGAGAAAAAGAGAGGUAGUUGAGUGGCACGUGGUAACUGCAUUUGCAAACACUGAUUUCUGAGAUGGAUGGAUGAUGGAAGUCUUCUCAUCUUGGGAAACAGGAAUGAGCAGCUGAUGUACAUAUAAGGAGAAUGCUUUUUCCAAAACCUCUACCGUUGACACCGUUCAGCAGCCUAUGACUUGGCCUGCACGGAGGUGAACAAUUGAAGGCUAUUCAGCCCUUGCUUAUUAUUUCAAAGUAUGACCCUUAUUUAAGGAACUAGUUGCCAACUUGGCCUGUGAACCUUUUGCACAGAGGCUGCCAUAUUUCUUCCCUUGUAAAACACCUCACUCCAGUGAUUAUGGUAGUGAAUCAUAAACUGCUUUCAAGCCAUAAAAACUUGAUAUGUGUACCUUGGCACAUUCAGCUGUAUGCUAAAGUGACAUUAAUCCUACUAGGCCAUAUUUUUCGGUAACUAAGCACCCUCAAGCUAACUUUUGAGGAGCCUUUAAGGGGUGGUAAGCAAGUCCUUGCUCAUGGAUAUGUACUGAUUUUUCAGAUGACUUACUAAUAGGAAAAGGGGUUUUGUUUCUUAUUUUUAGUUCACUUUAAUUCCUUUAUUUGCUUUGAGAUGUGUGGACCAAUAUAUUUCUUUUAUCCUACCCUCCUACCCACAGCACUUUUAAAUAUAUAUAAUUUUAAAAUUCUUUUUUUAUUAUUAUUACAGGAGCUCCAGUUUCAAAGGCUCACCAGAGAGCUUGAGGUGGAAAGGCAGAUUGUUGCCAGUCAGUUAGAAAGAUGCAGGCUUGGAGCAGAAUCACCGAGUAUUGCAAGCACAAGGUACACAUCCCAGAGUCUUUUAUUUCCAAACUCCCAUUUAUGUACUUAUAACAAACAUUUAUUUCAUCGCACUUUGUGCAAUCUCAGAUUCUCUUUUAAUGUGUGAGCAUUGUAUUUGUCACUGAUUGAUGUUGCAGUUAUUUUUGCGAAUGGCUACUUGAGAUUCUUGGAUUUUAUCAGUGCUUUUUUUCCCCCUUAAAAAAUGUUUAGGGUUCUCUCAUUUUCCUAUUCAUAUUGAAAUACUGCCCCUCAAUGAGGCCAAACUUAGAUUCACACAGUGUUUAGGGGUAUGCGUCCUGUUCCCCCCCAGAAAAAAAGCACUGGAUUUUAUAGUUUAGGACUUUUGGUUGCUUGAUUACUCUCCAGAUGGUCAACCCAACAAACAAUGAAUGUAUGCUUGGGUGGCUGCAGUUAACCAUUUAUGGAGAAGUAACUUUCCGCUGUGUGCAGGUUCCCGUUUAGUAAGCUGAUCAUCAGAAUCCUUUUACGUGUGAGAAUUUUGCCAUUCCUCUCCUUCCCUAGAUUUCUGAUUUAUAGGAUCAGAUACAUUAGUAAAAUACCUUUUGACACUUUUCUGGGUGUCCCUUGGUGAAGAGAACUAUGAUACUGUCGCUGUGUUUACACCACAGCAACCUUGGUGUCACCUCACCCCUUUCCCUCCUGGUAAGCACCCUGCCCCACUAACAACUGUUUUGCAAUUUGCAAAUUCUUUACUGCCUUCCUCUGCUUUUCUCCUCCCAUCUCCUUUGGAGUAAGGACCCCCAAACUGCAGGCAGCAUCCCAGCAUGAGCAAGAGGCUUAUGAAGUAGAACACGCCUGCCUCAAUGGCUCCUUGCCCCUCCUCAGAUACACCGGGGCUAUCACUUACAUGGAUUUCAUUUACGUGAUUGAAGCUUUAUGUGGACUACUGAAAAAUAAACGAAAAGGAAGAAAGAGGCAGGAGAGCCUUGCUUGCUAGGCUCUGGAGGUUCUCGUGAAAUCUCGCAGGGCCAUCGGAGAUCUCACAGGAACCUCCCAGAACCUGGUAAGCAGGCCAAGGGCUUAAAAUAUCUUUCCACAUAGAGUUUUCCCAGCACGAAAAUAGCUUUUAGGCCCUCCAUCUUGUUUGCUGGGCUCUGUGAUGGCACAUGAGUUUUUGCAAGAUCUAGGAUGGCAGGGGCAGUUCCAGUUCCGGAAGUUGUUCUGGUUUUGCAUGAUUUUGCCUUUGCAAGGGAUCUAAAGCAUUUGCACGUGAUCUCGCCUUUGCAAAUGAUCUUUGCAAGAGAUUUUGUGAACUUAUGGAUCAUCUGGCUGACAAAAUUUGAAAUUUAUAAUGUUGGACUGGAUCGACCUCUUUUUUUCAUCCAGAAGGCAGUUCAAGUUUGGUUUGGGCCUGGAAUUAAAAUGUGUCAGUUGUUAUUCUCCUGGAGAACAGAAGCUGUACAGAUGCCUCUUAGACUCCACUUACCCGGAGAAGGGGCAAUGCCUUAAAGUGUUCUGUUCUGUUAUAUCCACAAUUUAAACAAUAAGCAAUAAACCAAUUUAAGAGUGGUUGGGGAAACACAGCCAGAUCAGCGGGGUACAAAUAUAAUAAUAAUAAUAAUAAUAAUAAUAAUAAUAAUAAUAAUAAUGUAUGACAAAUGUGUGGGGGAAAAUAGAGCUAGUUCUCAAAAGCAGUUCUGGAUUGCUUAAUGAAUGGAUGAUACAGUAUUUUGAAAGUGUGCAGAUUCCUUUUCAUCCUUGGAAAGAAUAAAUUCCAAUGCAUGGAAGAUCAAUACUGGGUAGCUUAGACAAAGAGAAGGUUUUUUCAGUGGAUGUGCUAGUGUCCCUUCUUUGCUAUAGCUGCUUCUGCUUCGGAGAGGUCCUGCUGGCAUUGGUGUUAUCUUUCAGGUGUCAUAUUUUGCCUUCGCUACUUGCUUUAUUCUGUUGUGUUAAGAUCCUUAAAACUGGUGUGUUGGCUUUUUGUUUUUUAAUGUGAGCCCCCUUGAGCAACUUAUUUGAGAAGACCAGAUAGAAAUACAUAGGUAAAAUAAAAAAAUAAUAAUAAUCAAUUAUAGAACCAUACCCGGAAGUGCUGGGUGGUAAUUUCUGCCUGGAGGUCAUAGAAUCAUAGAGUUGGAAGGAACGCUGGGGAUCAUCUAGUCCCGCUUGCAAUGCAUGAAUAUGCAGCUGUCCCAUACCAGGAUUGAACCUGCAACCUUGGCUUUAUCAGCACCAACCAAGCUAUCCGCAUGCACCUCUGCCUUCAGUCAGCCAAAACAUGCUUCACAGCCAAAGUGUGGAGUUUACACUAGUUCAUACUAGCUUCACACCAUCGCAAGAUUACUGCUGUAACCAAGUCAGAAAGACAAGUCCACAACAAAGUUUUGUGGAGGUUGUCCUGUAUAAACUGGAGGGAGGGGCAGGGGAGGCACAGCAAAAUAGGACCUCAAAUAGUCAGAACACAACACUGCAGUGAAGCUAAAAUAGAUGGAACAAACAAAAGCAACUUGGGUUCUCAUGAGUUAGAACGUACUUAUUGCUUUCUUGGUGCUUUCCAUAUAUUCCUGUUGUUCCUAUAAUGCAAUAGUACACUUUAUACCUAUCAACAUCUGCAACAAACAUGUGAUACUGAUCAUUCUUGUUUAAUAGGUGGCUGUCCAGAUAAUUAAGGUAAUAGAGGCUUAGGAAAAAUCAUUAGCAGGAAAAUUAAAUCAAUUUUUCAUGCAUGUAUUUUAUGUAACCUGUCAAAAAUUCAGAAGCAGCUAUUUUUCUAGGCAAGCAUCUAGCUGCUCACCUAGUGGCAAGAUUUCCAUAAUCACUGGAAAGAGUGGCACAAUGUAGAGGAGUUUAAAGAAGAAAUGAAAGGCUGAAAUGUUCAUGUUUAGGUUUGAUAACUGAGUGGCUGGCAUAAAACAAAAAUAGCCCAAUGUGCACAAGUCCCUGCCCACUACGUAUUCCUUUCAUUACGCAUGUGAUCUCUUUGAGUUUUCAAUCAAUGGAGUUACUAAGUGUGCAAGAGAUUGAAAAGCAUCUUAGAAUGAUGUCCACACACACAGGACGGAUGAUAAAUAUGCAUAUACAACACCAUAUUUUGUUCAGUUGUAUUGCAUGUGAAAUUAGUGGAGAUAAUGGUGACAUUUGGAUAAUCACUUUGGUGCUUAAUAAGCAGAGAAAUGAAUGAGCCUUUUGCCUACACAUGCAGUCCCUUCAUUCCUCCUUUUCUGUGAGCUGCAGUUAUAACAAUAUGUUUCUAAUUGGUUGCAGUUUCCUGCUUCAUACAAACUGGGAAACUAUGGUUACCAGUUCCAGAAUAAGCCAGGAUGUCAAAUCAUGUUCUGAAUUUGAUUUAAUAUUAAACCAACUUCAAUUAAUGGCUUCAUAUCCUAGCUUGCGCCAGAGCAGACAAUUAUAGUUUCCUGGUUCAGACAAAAUAAGAAAUUAUGGUUAGAGGCUUCCUGGUUUAAUUGCAAUUUACAUGAAUGGUCUGUUGGAAUGGGCAAAACACUUGUUUAUAUCUAGACUUAUUAAGCCUAGUGGGUCACUGUCCAUUAAUUUUUGUCUCCUUGUUAGCAUAUUUCAUGUCUUCUUCACCAUUUGACGGCAUUAAUCUGUAAGAGCGUUUGAAAAAUCACAUGUCGAUUUGUGAAUAUUUUCCUAUAAUACAGUAAGUAAUGGAAGGAACGGGCCAGAGGGAAACCGUUAAGUGAGAUGUAUCUUGGAAAUUUGUCAGCAGCAAUUUGGCUCUAAAUCUUGUUGGUCAACAUUUUCUCCAGGAUGAGUGCUUGCUAGGCUGUAUACAUCUAAUAUAUUUUUCUAGCUCUGGCGCAUCUUUUGGAUGGGGGGGGGGACUCGAUACCGCAUAGUUUGAGAUUUAUAUUUGUAGGAAGACGAAUAAAUAACAUGAAGGGUUCUUUUACGAUUUCAAAUGCAUACUGUGGAUUGGACAGUUCAUUAAAUGUUCUCAUCCCCACCAGAUCAGUCCUAAACACUUAGAACUAUUACCUACAAAAAGAAACAGCCUGUCUUGGUUAGAAGCGUAUCCGGGGGCCUUCUGGGCCAGAUGUCUCCGGAAGCUGGAAUCUGCUGGAGCAAAUGCCUCCUUAGUUACAAUUUGAAGCUAAACACAGCAUCACAAUGCAAUCAAACGGAACGUCUCAUAAACUAGCCUGUAGGAGGUACUACAUCACACUGAUGUAGUGAAUGGUGACCAAGAUGUAUAACUUUAAAAGAGGAUUGGACAGAUGGAGGAUAAGGCUAUGUUAUUCCUCCAGUGUCCGAGGUAGUAUGCUGGAAAUCACAAGUGCGGGAGCGUUCUGUUGCACUUAUUUCCUACAAAUUGUGCUACACGCUCUUGGCAAACUGCUUAACUGAUUGGAUAUUCACAACACCUAUUCUGUUUGGUAGGCCUCGCUCUCAAUGAUGUAUAUAAUUUUUUUAAAAAUUAAAAUUGUCUACCACUCUUCAUCCAAAACACAGAAACAUUUUAAUUACUCCCAUGGAACCUGUGUUUAAGACAUUCAGUGGUAUGCUUGAAAUCAAAAGCAGAUUUGAUGCACAACUAUCAGGGAACUCAUUCUUUGCUACAUUGCCUUUUAAAUGUGUUCAAAUGACAGUUAGUUUUCUGGGUUUGAGUAGAUGCUGUACAGCAGCCUUCCCAAUCUGGUGACCUCCAGAUGGUUUGACCGGCAACUCCCAUCAUCCCUGACCAAAAUGGGUGCAGCUUAUGGAGGUUGUAGUACAGCAACAUCUGAAGAGCCACUGAUUGAGGAAGGCUGCUCUUAAUAGUAUCAUACAGUGGUAGAAACAACAUUUGAGAUCCGCUGUGUAUAAAGGUAAUAGGUAACACAACAGGUUGCAGUGAAGAACCAGGGAAUCCGUAUUCUUCUUUGCCAACUAGCAUUAAACAUCGCUUCUGAAAUGUCUCAACUUAUGGCUCAGACAUUUGACUCACUCUUCCAUUACAGUCACUCGAGCCUCUAAUUCUCCCCCAGUGAAUUAAGCAAGUGCUGGCAAGGAAGCAAUAGCAGUGUCCAAAGGCACCCUUUGCACCUCAUCAGCCACAGGUCUAAAUAAUAAGGGAGUGUGAGAUUGCAGCACUAGUUUUUUAACUCCUAUUGUAGCCCUCUUUCAGUCACUAAACAUGUUUUUAUUUGUAAUGCAUUUCUAAAAUAGAUAUAGUCAGGCUUCCUCAAACUCGGCCCUCCAGAUGUUUUUGGCCUACAACUCCCAUGAUCCCUAGCUAGCAGGACCAGUGGCCAGGGAUGAUGGGAAUUGUACUCUCAAAGCAUCUGGAGGGCCGCUUUUGAGGAAGCCUGGAUAUAGUCAUAAGAGCUUUGGUUAUACCUUUGCUCGGUUUCUGAUGCACUGCCCCCCCCCCCGGUGCAUAUCUCAAAUCUUGAAUUUGGCAACUAAGCAGGUGUCCAGGCAUCUGCUUACAAAAGGCCAGGUCCUCUGAGGCUCUUCUUGCUAGGACACUUCACAGCUUACAUCCCCUUCCCCUGGCUUUCACUCUGCUGUGGUAUGGAGGAGUCAAGAAACAGUAGGCAUUUUGCCUUCUUUGAACCUCAGCAGAAGCAAGAGACCCGAUUGCCUUUUCCAUGUGCCAGAGGGAAAGGGAUGUGCAGCAAGUCCUGGGUACUAAGCCAAGCAAAUUUCUGUGGACUAUUGCUUUUCCUGAGUUGCUUCAUAUUUUAUAAAUGUGAAUCGUAUAUGAGUCUUAUAUAAAUUAAUAAUAUUUCAGCAGCUGUAUUUGAACUUCAGCUCCUGAAAGUUAUUGUACUUUAACUCUUGAAGAUAGUGACCAUAGCUAUUUGCUGCUGUAUGCAUCAGGCAUACAAAAUAUGUACAAACAGAUUCAAAGCAGGCGGCCAGGGACUGUUCUUGUUCAUCAGUGCUUACGUUGCAUAUACACAUACUAGGAGUGGAAGAGUCCGAACAUAGCAAACUUUUGACUAAAGGCUAGACUUUUGCUUAAAGCCUGAAUGCUACCUGUGCUGCAACCUCUGGGGCUGAUAAAUAGUAGGCUCGCUUCCAAACACCCUGUUACAGCCAGGUUUGAGCAUGAUGAUUGCUCUUCUUAUCACCCAGUUACCCUUUCCUUGAAACUAAUAUCCAGUGUCGUUCUGUAUGUGGAUGUUCAAUUUUGAGUCCUUUGGGUUAAUGGCCACCUUCCACAAAAUGUCUCCAGUUCCUCCUUUACAGCUGUCUAUGGUCUGUUGCAUGCAUCAACAAAGGACCGCUCACUCAAAAAUAGUGAGGUCUGGAAAAACCCUAGACGGUUUAGGUCUUAGUGAAGUAGUUUAUUAUGUGUCCCCACCCCCCACUAUUCUCUUCCACCUCUGAGUGUUCCUCAGAGAAGCCCCUUUUUGACCUUUUUUGGACAAUGUCAUGCUUUAUUGGAUUCCAUUGAGCCCAAUGAAGCCGUUUCACUUCCCUUUUCUGUAUCUUGUGAUUUAAUGUCACUUUGUCCUCAGCGCAUGCUAUUCUUUCCCUGAUCUCGAGUCUCCCAGCAACCCAAGAUUUGUAAAGGAGUAGUUAGAUUGGUUUUGGAGCCAGCUUUCAAGCCUUCCAUCUCUGAAACUUCCCCAUGCUUCAUCGAUGGUUGGAUUGAAAUGAAAUGUAAUGGCCUAUAUGCUCAUUUACGCAAAGACACAAUAAAUGUUCUUAGCUAAUAUCAGAAAAGGGUUGUCUCUUAAGCCAAGUGUGCUGGUCACAGAUUGAAAUAUAAAGUCUUGUAUGAAAGCUUAUAGGUUUUAUUGCUAUUGUUAUUAUUAUGCUUGCUUUAAAAGAGGAAGUAUAGGAAGAGUACAGUAAACACCCGGCCAGUUCCAGCCAGUGAAAACUGGAGAAGUACAUCUCUAGAAGUGCAGUUUAUUUGGAGCAGUUCACUGAAGCAGAGCUCUUGAAGCAGCCAUUUUUAAUUACUUCUACUCAUUGCCAUUCUGUUCACAAACAUUUUAUGCCACAAGUCAAUUUCCUCUGGGAUGUAAAAAUCCAAAUUGUAAUGGUCCCCACCAGCUGGAAUUAAAAAUGUAUAUCUAAAUCUCCUGUAGAGCAUUUAUGCUUUAGGUAAUUUACCCAGUGUUCCUAUUAAACUGAAGCAUUCAAGCUGGCUGCAACAAACCUAAUACUGUGGCAUUAUGAAGAAUUCAGACUGAAUAGCUUCCAAAACUAGUGGGGUAGUUUAUUUUGUUAUUUGUAGCCGAUCAUUUCUUGUUCCACACCAAUAAAAACAGAACAUUAUUUUGAUUUAUAUUGGAAGUAAAGCACUCCUGCAGUAGGCCAGUGAAGUGUUAAACUCAAUAAAUUGAGUACUGUAUUUGGAAAGUUCCAAAAACUGAAUACCUCAGCUGUCUCUGUGUGUAUUGGUUGAAAAAGUUCUAGCCAGACAUUCAGCAUAUUAGCUGAAUGCUUGACAUACCUGAAUGUAUACCUUAAUGUAGUGAGGUUUGGUCCAGUGAAUAUACCCAUCAUCUGAAUAUCUUCAUCCUGCUGAAAAGCAUUUUGUUAAUGUGUUAUGUUAUUGGGGAAUUAUUGUUGUUUGUUUGUUUGUUUGUUUGUUACUGUUAUUUAUUAAAUUUGUAUACCACCCUUCAUCUGAACAUGACAGAGAGGUUCACAACACAAAAAUACAAAAUGAAAACUACAAUUAAAUAAAAAACCAAUAACCCUUAUGCCCCUAAAAACAGAUUUAAAAGGCCAUAGAUGGUUUAAUCAGCCAAAGGCCUGGUUAUGGACAAAUGUUUUUGUCUGGCGCCUAAAGACAUGGGAUGAAAAGGCCAAAUCAUGAAGGCUUUUUAGACAGUCUAAUGCAUAUCACAAUAUAUAGGUCCUAUGCUUCUAUAAAUCUGCAUAAAGAAUUUCCCCACACCACAGGGCCUCUAUAUUGAGCUAUGCAUCAUGGACCAGGGUUGCAUAGAUUUAUUGAUUUGAAAUGCUUCUAGCCCAGCCUUCAUCUAUAAAGAUUCCAGAGCAGUGUGCAUAUACUAAAAUAAAAUUUAAAAAUAUAAUGCAAUUAAAUCUAAAAAUACCAUCAUUAUAAAACAACAACCUAGAUGAACAAAGCAGAACAAAGAACAAAAUCUCAAAUGUUAAAAUGCCUGGGUGAAUAAGAGAAUUUUGACAUGGCACCAAAAUGAAUGUAAUGCUUUGCACCAGUUGUACCAUUACAAGGAAGGUUGUCCAAAGACAGGACACCACCACAGAGAAGGUUGUGCCACCACAGAGGUGGUUCUAUCCUUCAUUGAUGCAUAACAAACUUCACCCAGAGACACAGAAUGGUAGUAUAGGGUGAGGUGCUCCUUCAAAUAUUUGGGUGCCAAGUCAUUUAAGGCUUCAAAGGUAAGCUACCAGAAACUUGAAUGGACUUGGAAGCAAACAGAAUCCUUAGUAAGGAGGAGCAUCCUGUACCAGCCCAAUGGGGAAUCCCCUUAAGGGAUCUUAAAGGGCAACACUUUCUGUACAGCAGCGCAGUCAGGGGCUGGUAGCCAAAACUUGUAGCUUGGAGUUGUACUGGAUUCAGCCUUGUCACUGAAUGCUCAGGGGAACUCAGUGUCAUGGAGUGCCUUUCAACCAGCUUCAGCAGCUACAAACAUUUCUGGACAUGAGUAGUCUUGCUACAGUUAACCGCAGUCUAGUAACUUCCCAAAGGGAUUGCUGUGGGGCUACCCUUGAAGACAACCUAAAAGCUUCAAUUAGUGCAAAAUGUGGCAGUAGGAAAUUAAGUGAUAUAGUUGGAAGGAAUAUAACAUCAGUUCCGAAAGAUCUACAUGGCAGCCCCAAGUGAGUUGGAAGGGUACAGGAGCAGGCAGAAAUGAUGACAUACACAAACUGGUGUUGGAUCAAAUUAGGGCACAAUUUUAUUGAUCACAGUGCAAAAGGUUUGGCACAGGCAUUGGCCAUGACUCCACACGAUCAACAACCAGCACACCUGCUGGUUGAUGACUGUAGUUUGACAGCCGGGGUUGACCAUUGUUGAGGUUCACCAUGGCGUGAACUGCUUGUGGCAGAGCUUAUCCAGUCACUGGUGAGAGGCAUUGUGGUUUGAUGCCCAAGCAUACCUUCCUUUUCACCAGACACAUUGAACCAUCCAAACGAUUCCAGCCCCUCCUUUCCAUACAGUGGUACCUCUGGUUAUGAACUUAAUUCGUUCCGGAGGUCUGUUCUUAACCUGAGGCGCACUUUUGCUAAUGGGGCCUCCCGCUGCCGCCACAUGAUUUCUGUUCUCAUCCUGAGGUAAAGUUCUUAACCCAAGGUACUACUUCUGGGUUAGCGGAGUCUGUAACCUGAAGUGUUUGUAACCCGAGGUGUUUGUAACCCAAGGUACCACUGUAUUUCUUUUCUGACUGAGUCAUUGUUCCGUGGCUGCUGAACAUGCUCAACCCUCUCUGGGCUGUUUUGGGAUUCCCCCCCCCUUAGGGAUUUUUGAGGCCAUUUUUUAAUUUCUAUUUCUGCAAACCUUUGCCCUCCCCCGCAGGCUGCAGUGCCUUUCUCUUGGUUGUGAAUGGUGUCAUUUUAGACAGCACUUACCCUUGAACUUUGCAAAUAGAGGAAGUGAUAUUCAUUCAUACUCCAUUGUGUAAUAACAAUAAAAAUUACUUUCCCUAUCAAUUCAGCAAUCUAGAUACCAUGUAAGUGAGUAUUAAGGUAAUUUCGAAAAGCAGUGUGUAUACAUCCUUUGGAAAUUCUCUUUUUAAUAUGUCUAUUAAAAUAUUUUUGCUGAUUUUCAGAAUUAAUUGGUUGUGUCUUUAGUAUUAAAUGGGUUGUGUUUGGCUAAGAAAUUUUGUUCAUUUUCUAAAGGUUAAUGAGGUGUUCUUUAUUAUAUAUGCCUUCCCCACUGUCAUUCCAGCCCCGAAGCCUGCCAUUGUACUAUAAUCCAUCUAAAUGUAUUUUAGCAUGCACAUCCCAUUUGUUUUAUACAGUAUUCAUUAAGUGACUGUUGCAUUUAUUACAUUUUUAUAUGAAUUACAUAAGCUGUUUUUUCCAAUCUGUGAGUUUUAUGGGGCGGAAGAGGAAGAAAGGGGCAGCUGUUAGCCUUCAAAAUAGGCUUGUUUUUAUCGUCGGGGACAAGCAUCUGAUGGGCUGCCUAAGCAAACAUUACAGCUUUAGUUUUCAGUUUAUGGGUCAGGACCUACAAGGGGUUGUGUCAUGACCUAACAUUGUACCAUUCCACUAGUUCUGAAGUGGAGUUGGAAAUCAUGUAGUGUGUGCCCCCCGGAAAUGUUGGUAGAAUCCAGCUACAUUGGUCACAGUCCAACAUGGCCAAUGAUAAGUUCCCCAUCCCUUUUUUAAAAAGGUCUUUUUUCAGAGAAGAAUGGGAGAUGAAGUUAAAGGAGACAUGAAAAACAAUGGACACAUUUUUAUUAUUUUAAAUAAAGAGGAUCUCAUGUUGUAAUGGGGGUGAACUGUGUUCCUGGAUUUGAAAAUGACUGUUCUAUAUAGCAAAUGAGUCAGCAAAUGAAAUGACCUGGUCCAUCUCCCUUUGCCUCUGUAUUUAAUAUGGCAACCUUUCAGAAAUAAAUCUUAACACUUUUUGUGAUGCAACUGCUAGAAAUUAUGUCACACUGUGCAAUGAUAGAAGGUCAUUCUUUACUCAGUUAACAAGACCCAUCUGGGGUGUAGGUGUUGAUGGGCUUAGAGCAGAACUACACAGUUGAAAGAAAGAAACAUUGAAUAUACCCACAGUACAAAAUCAAAACUAGCAGUCCCAUGCUUGCCUGCUAUAUAGGUAAUAAACUGAUUAUUUUCACUUUAGCUGGGCAUAGCUUGGGUUGACUGGCACUCUUGUCUGCUGAAUGGGUUAGUAAAUAUACCAGCGAAUAAAUGCUUGCACACCUUUUAAUACAAACCGUGCCAAUCCAUCCCUGUUGAGUUGCACAGAGUCUCAGACCUUUUGAUGCAUCACUGCCUCCUUAUGUGGCAGUCAUACCCCAUGCACACAAUGAGUGAAAAAUACUGUUAUGACACAUGGCAAUCAAUUUCUGAUAUCUGGUUGCCUUUCCUUAGUGGUUGGGAUACCUGUGGACUUGCUAGUCAUAGGGGUAGUAGGAGAUGUGCACCUUUCUCCCACCCACCCCCAGUUUAUGCUGGAAACAUAUCACCGUGCAUCAAAUUUUAAGAUACAUCUUCUCUUGUGUAAACAAGAUGACACCACUUCAGAUAUGGCAGUGGUCCUUCUUUCUCACAUUCUCCCCCACUCUCAUAUUUGUGCAUAUGCAACUUCCCAGUUUAUUUAUAAAUGAAGAGCAAGAAAACAGGAAAUCUGAGAGGAAGGAGAGGGUGAUAAGCCAUCAGAGGGACAUCUCUGCUGGAAAUGUAACAGUUUAGCAUAGCUUUGGCCCAUUCCUUGCGUACCUGAAAUCCUUUGGCUGCUCCUUCAGACACCACACAUCUUCCUGAAUUUGAUCUGUAACUAUACAGGGUAAUUUGUUCAGCAUCAAUGGCUGUGUUUGAAAGACAAAAGGCCUCAGUUAACGAGAGCUUUUUUUUUGUUCGUUCGUUUUGGGUGCAUGUAAUUAAGCUACAGAUGCCACAUUUCAGUUAGCAGCUAGUAUUGCAAUUGUAAUAGCAUUCUUAUUCAGAAAUGCAUCUUCUCAUGAGAUCAUUAGAUCUCUAGAUAUUGGUUAAGUCCAUCAAAAAUAUUUGAGUAGGGAGUGAUGAAGAUUCAUAUCUAUAGGUAUUAUCGAUCUGCUGGAGAGACUGUGACCAUUCUUUCUCGUUAGUUGCCUUGACAAUUCCAGAAAUGCCCUGGGUGGAAGUGAUAAUUUAGACUGAAAGUGCUGAAAUGCUGUGCCAAAGAAUUCUCCCAGUAAAUGUUACCAAGGCAUUUAUAUCAGGCACAGUUAACUUUUAUAUUGGAGAUUUGACUCCUAAUCUUAAUGCAGUUAACAGAAGUGAGCAGAAACUCUCCACAUUGCCUUUCAUUCUGUUCUUAUUAGUGCCUUCCUUGUGGAAAGUUUGAUAUUGAAUGUAUAUAAAAGGGGAGCACAUUUGUAUGGAUUUAUGCAUGAGAAAGUGCGGCACCAAAAUAUUUUCUUGCACUGACUGCCAGUCUGUAAAUAAAGUCAAAAUAAAUUAAGCGGUUUUCUUUCUAAUUUUACUUUGACAUGUAAAUAGAUCUAAACAUUUAAUGUGAUUAUUUUCUUCUGUGUAUGUCAUGUAUGUAGUUUGAUACAUAUUGUCAUAUGAGCGAAACUGAUUUUGAAAUUGGAUUCUUUAAAAGCAUAAUUGUAGUAACGAAAGGUUCUAGUAUAAAGAGUAAACACAUUUACAUAAAUGAAUCACGUUCGUGCAGUGAAAUUUUUUAUUACAUAAAUUGUUUUAAAUUAUUCAGCAUGCCAGAGAGAAGGAAUACUGCUUUUUAAAUAAAAAAUAAAAAAAAUAACUGAUGAAAACUAUGGUUGUAAUCUGCCUUAAAUUGAAACUGAAAGAACUUUAAAUGUGCUUAACUUUAGAAUGAAUGUUUAUAAUUUAUUACUGCAUUCCUAACACUGUGUUAAUUUCACACAAACAAUUAAUAUAAGUGAUACAGCUGACGACACACCAGUCCUGUUGUUCUGCACAUGUUUGAGUGUGCAUCUAGAGCUCUGGGAGAGCAGGUGUCUUCAUUUGCUUCACUGGAGAUUGCUUCACCAUAUGCACAAUAAGAUGCACAUGAUUUUGUCAUCCGCUGUUCUUAAUGGAGAAUCCCUUUCAACCAAGGUUGCGUCUUCUACAUUUCCCUUGAUUGCAAAGGAUUGCAGGUUUAAGUGACUGGCUGUGUGGAAUCAGUUCUGUUUCGUAUUAUGCACCCAUGUGGAGAGGCAUCCCCCAAAGCCCUGUAAGGUUCAACGUAUGCAGGCAAUGUAGUGGAUAAUUUUGGAGAUGGAAUGGGAGGUCAUUGUGGGCCUGUCAUACAUACAUCCAGUCAUCUCACUUAUUAGUUACUGUGUGUAGGGGGUGUCUCACAAUAUGACUGAGUGAAAGAGAAGAACUGAAUGCAGAUAUGGGAGGUGCCAUUCCCCAGCCACCCUGAAGCACUUAUCAGUGAGCAUAUACCAAGGACGUAGAAGGGAGAAAUUGUACUCUGUUGAACUCUAGUGGAAGCCAUCCACCAAUAGGUUGCUGAUUGUGCUAUGUGUUUAUAAAACAAAAGGGGCGGGGAAAACAUCUGAAAGGAAUUGAAGAUAUUGUGUUUCUUUUCUUUUCUAUAGCUCUACUGAAAAGUCGUUUCCCUGGAGAUCUGCAGGUACAGUUGUCUUGUAUGUUUGGUGUACCCUGUACAAAUGCUACAUAUUUCAUGAGUUUCCCUUCAAAUUUGGCAGUUGUUCCAAAGCAAACUGAUCUAUGUUGUGCUAAAUGCAAAAAAAUGCAAUAUAUAUAUAUAUAUAUAUAUAUAUAUAUUCAUAUCGGAAUUUUUUUUAGAAUAUAAACUACUUUUAAAAAUUCAAAACUACCUUUUGCCAAAAAUGGUGUUCUUCUGAUAUAUCUUACAGUGACAUACUUGCAAGGCUUACUUUUUACAGAUUUUCUUGCAGUGUAUAUUCAUUAAAGUGAUCACAGUCUAUUGUUCCGCUCACAGUUUGCUAACGCGUGGGCCAUUUCAUGUGACUUCUUAUUCUUACAGUUGUAUUGUGUAGAGGGGAGAAAAACCCAUUCACCCAGUAAGCACCAUCAUCUGCGAUGACUGCUUAGGUGUCUGUUUCAUUGUUUGUAUAUAGCAUCACAAUUUGUAAAUGUGAACGCAAGAAUAUACGAUAGCCUUAGCAUUUUUGUUGCUACGUCAGUUAAAUUAAAUGGUGUUCUUCUUGUAUGGUACAUCUGCCUACAAACGUUCUAUUAUUGAACUAUCAUUCUAAGUAUAAUUAUAAUGCAGUGAUUUUCAAACUGUAUUCCUAGAAAAUCAGUAAUGGAAGAUAAGCUACAUUAUGCCAAUAUUGAAUAUUCUGCAAUGUGUUUCAUAUUCAUGGCUUCAUAGCUCACUCUUAGCUUGUGGGGCUAAGAGCGUGAUUGGUACCACUCAACAACUUAGUGUGUUCAACAGAAUGUGCCCCAGAAUCCUGUGAAACAUGCAGGAGUUCCUUUGUAGCCACACUAGUGCAGAAAUGAUACCUUGUGGGGUAGGAUGCUUAAAAGCCACAGUUGUAACAUUAUAGAUCAGUAGCCUGGGCUACCUUAUUGUCUUACUCUGUUUCUGAUAUUUUUUUACUUCUGAUGUUUUUCAUUUGUCCCUUACUACUUUUUGUUCAUUUUUCUUACAUUUAAUUGGUUUUCCUUGCACUUUUAUUAUUUCUGUCUUUAGCCACCUUAAACUGCGCAAAGAAAUGUAGGAUAUAAGUGUUUUUGAUAAAUAAAAACAAGUGCUGUAAUAAAACUCUUUGCUAGUAUGUGGAAAGGAUUUAUCUGGCUUCACCAAAACCCUUAUACAGUACAGUGUUUUCCAGCUAAACAAAAUUGUGGUUACUGUAGCACACCUAAGACUUCUGAUUGUUUUUCUCCCUUUAAAAUAGUCAUGUCCUAUGACAAAUACCGUAGUUGUUGAAAGACACUUCACAAAAGGUUUUCUAUGCAGUGUGGGGGACUGCUUACCUGGAAAACACAAGUGGAAAGUUUACUUAGAAUGGGUCUUUAAAAUUAGUUAUAUGGUACUUUUAUUUGGCAGGCACAUUUUGAGCUAAUUCACAGGGUGAGCAUGCUUUAUUUUAAAAUGUAUUAAAUUAAAAUGCUCUUCCUUCAUGGAUCUAAAUGUUAUUGGCUCUUCCUCCUUAGUAGCUGGACUUAUUAGGUCAAAACUAUAAUCCUAGUGCACAUCUUCAGGAUUAUUUGACAUUGACGUACAACUGAGAUGUCCCUAACUUUGCAUUCUCCAUUCGUUGUAAGGAAUAUUUGCUGGCUAUCUUGCCCCCUUUUCAUGUUUUUAAACUCCAAAACUAAUUAAAAUUAGUUGCACCAAGCUGUGCAAUUAUGGGAACUCUCUAGCAACAACAAAGAAGCCCACCCCAAAACUCUAAUCCACUUUAACUCCAUUCUCAUUCAUUUUCAUGGCUCCCUGGUGCAGAAGUCUUCAAAUGCCUUUCAUGUAAGAGACCUGGAAGGCUUCCAGUUCUUGGUUUCUUCCUCCAGCCCUGAUAAAUUACCUUCAGAAUUAGGCUUUUAAGGAACUGAAAGGUUAUUAUUUCUUUAGUUCAGAGAUAGGCAGGAAGCAUGUUGGGAUCUGUUGGAAGAUCACGGUUAUUUGCAGUAGGCCAGCAAGAACUUCUGCCUCCCAGUUGUAUGCAUAUAUGUAUUCACCUCGUUUAAUAAUCACAACAACCUUGUAUGGCAGGUUAGGUUGAGAGACCGUGACUGGCCCAAGGCUGCCCAGUGAAUAUUUGAACCAUAAGUGGAAGUUUGAGGAUCUUGUCCUUCUUGCCAAGCUGCAGAUUUAAUAUUAAAUUUCUGAGUCGCAGCUGCCCCAUCUCAGAUUCCCUAAAUCAUCCAUCAAUUGUGAAUAAAGUGAAGAGAAGCCCUCAUGUGAAGAUGUAGCAAGUAGGAAGGAUUUCUCAGUGGUUUCAUGUUCCUCAGUCGUGGCAGAUUUUUGUUUAAAAGAACUGCGCAAAUUCUGUUUUGAAAAGGCCUGACUUGAAAAGGCAAUUCACCCUGAAACCCUUUAAGUAAAUUACAGCUGUACCUUGGAUCUCAAACGUCUUGGUUCCCGAACAAAUCAGCUCCCAAACGAUUGAAACCCAGAAGUGAGUGUUCUGGUUUUCGAACAAUUUUCAGAAGCCGAAAAUCUGGCGCAGCUUCCACGACUUCUGUCUGGCUGCAGAAUGCUCCUGCAGCUAAUCGGAAGCUGCGCCUUGGUUUUCAACUGGUUCCAGGAGUCGAACGGACUCCCGGAAUGCAUUCUGUUCGAGAACCAAGGUACGACUGUAAAAGAAAUUAGGGGCUAUAUAGCCUUGUGCAUCAGCCUUGCCUACAGGAUGUCUCAGAUUCAAUCUCCAGCAUCUCCAUGCAGGGCUGGGAGAAACCUCUGCCUAAAAUUCUGGAGAGCUGGUGUUUCAUCAGGGAAGACAGUACUAAACUAGAUGGACCAAUUGUCUGAGUCCUUAUAGGGAAGCUUCCUAUGUUCCUAAGUUACUGGAUGGGAUUUGGCAGCAAGAUAAGCUAAUUCAUAUAGGAAUCAGUUCCUGAAUGUAAAUUUGAUCCCUUCUGGUAUCUUUUCAAUCAUGCUUUGUCUUUCAAGCCAGAGAUUUCUUUUUUUUAAAAAAAAGUAUAUUUGUUUUAUGCUUAAAGUUCAAGAAUGAAUAUCACAGCUGACAAUAUGUUCUUCAGUUAACAGCUUCAGAAUUUUCCUUCUUUGGAAGUGUGUACUGUUGAGCUUUCAAAACUGACAAGAAAACACCACCUCCACAAAUGGUCUUUUCUUUUAUGUCUUUCUCAGAACUGAAUGUUCAUAUACAAAGCUAUUGCUCUUGCACAAUUGUCUAAAAUUGCUCUGCAGAUGGUAUGUAGAAUAGAACUGAGCAGAAAUGGUGAAGCUGUACCAGGUUGCAGAUGCGUAUAGAUGUAGAUAUUAUUAUUGACUAACAAAACUCUGCUUUCAGAUUUGCCAAACACAGGUGUAAAUAAACUCAGAGCAUCUGAGAGUGUUCAUAUUGCUUCUUAUCAUGUUGGAACAGAGCCAGAACAAGGGAAUCUCUACUCCCCAGAGCAAACAUCGCUCCAUGAAAGUGAGGGUCUGUUAUAUACAUUUUAAAUAAACUGAGAUUUAUCAAUCUGGUCUUGUUUUUAUUCAUAACUGUGUAAUAACUUCAGGUUCGUUGUGCUUUUUAUCUUUAGGAUCAGUGGGUAACUCUAGGAGUUCGACACAAAUGAAUUCUUAUUCCGACAGUGGAUACCAGGAAGUAAGCAGUUUUCACAACAGCCAGAACCUGAUAAAGGGAGAGAACAGACAGCAACAUUCCUUUAUCGGAGCAAAUAAUAACCAUUUGGUGAGAAGCUCAAGGGCUGAAGGACAGGCUUUGGUUCAGGUACAUGUAACUCCAAAAAUAUAUUCAAGGAAAGCUGAUGAAAUAAAUAAAUAUACUAAUAUAGAUAUGGUGUAAAAGUAAUAUAAAUAUGAAUGUAAUACCCAAUACAAUAAUUUACUUACCUUGAUAAAUCAUUUGUAUUCUACAUCUUCAACCACAACAGUCCUCUGACUGGCUUAAAAUUAUAUAAGAAUAAAUAAAACACUAUUUAUUUCAUUUCAUUUCAUUUCUAUAUCACCUUUAUCUUCCAAGGAUCUCAUCAAAACAGUGGGGGAGGGGAGUAAAAAGAAAACACCAAUUAAAAGCAAACAGCGCUUCUAUAAAUGGCAUAAGACUAAAUAAUGGAGCAAAGCUUCAAGGUCAUACUUCCCUUCUAAACAUUUGUGGUUGAGGGACGGGUCACCAACAUUUAGUUCCACUUUUCAGGAAUCCUUGGUUGCCAUUACAUGUCAUUACUGGUUCAUACGCCAGGAUUUUUAGAAAGGUGAACUAAAUGCUCGCAACAUUCUCUCAGUUACACAGGAGGAGAGAAUGGGAGGGCAUGGAAGUCCAAGACUUUGUUCAGCCUAAUUCCAGCUUUUGUAGAAUGACAUUGGGCUGUGCAGUGUUAAUGGUAACUUAUUUAUUAGGCUUAUUAAUAAGACAUGAAAAAGGCAAAGACUAAAUGGAGAAAAUAGUUCUAUAGGAUUUUGGUGACACAUUUGCUGUAAAAAAAAAAAGGAAAAGGAAAGUGGAACAUCAAGAUUAAAGCUACAUCUAUACUACAACAUUUAAGCGCAAUCCAAAGGAUGUUACUCUUUUGGCCCCUCUCAAGGAACUCUGGAAAUUAAUAGUUUCGCUUGGCUGUGGAUGCCAAAGAGGAUUCUUGUUGUUCUUUAAGAAUGCAUCCUUGAUGGAAGUUACAAUAGAUAAACUUAAUUUAAAACAUUUUAGGCGCAAUCCAGCAAACAUUAAGCAUUUUAAGUCCCGCUGAUUUCAGUGCAGAGACUGCAGAGACUGAGAAGUGCAAUUCUGUGCAUGUGUAGAGAAUUGAAACCUUUAAAACAUGAGCUUAACUCUCCGUUUUAAAACCAAAGGGACUGAACUCUAGUGCAAAUGCGCCCGCAAAGGAAUUUUCAAGCGAAAAUGUUGAUCUUUUACACUGGCUGCUGGCUUUGUGCACCAAAAUGAUACGUGGUUCCUUUUGAACAGGCAUCCUCAAACAUAGCUGCCAACCGAGCCAUGAGACGCGUAAGUUCUGUUCCAUCGAGGGCCCAGUCUCCCUCAUAUGUGACCACCGCAGGCAUUUCUCCUUCAAGGGGAUCACUCAGAACUUCUUUAGGGAGUGGCUAUGGCUCACCAUCCGUUACUGAGUCGCGAUCUCUUAAUUCUAAUGUGUUUUCAUCUACAACAUUGCCUGUACAACGAGCAGCAUCUCCGUUUACCACACAGAGGCCAGCUUCGCCUAUCGCAGUGCGCAGAGUUGGCUCGGUCACAUCCAGGCAGUCAACCAACCCCAAUGGAGGAACUCCCCAGUACCAGCCCGCUGUCAGAGUUGGGUCCCCUCUUACGCUAAAUGACACACAGACAAGAGUGGCCUCUCCACCCCAAACCCAAGUUGGAUCUUCAUCGCCAAAACGUUCUGGGAUGACCGCCGUUCCACAACAUCUGGGGACAACAUUACAACGGACGCUUCAUGAUAUUGAGCAAUAUGCACAGCAGUACGAUAUAUAUGAAAAAAUGGUCCCACCCCGUCCAGAUAGCCUUACAGGUUAGUAAAAAGGUAAAGACACAACUUAAAACUUUGCGCGAACCUGUAAAUACAAUGAAUUGCACUGUUGGCAAGAGGAGCUGUAAUAUGCCAUUACUGAUGCUUGAAAUGCUGUUACUGUAUAGGCACAGUGCCUGCACAUGAGGAAUCUGCACAGGACCAACAACACAAUACAGGAUUUUAUGACCUCAUUUUAAAUCGGGAUAUUUUUUCAAAGGGUAGGAAUCGGAUGUUAGGUGUCUCUGAAAAGCUUAUUGAUUUCACUGAAAGGAAGACUGAAGUUGCUGCUUUGAAUGUGUUUGUAGUUCCACAGACUUGUUUCAGUAGAUAUUUUCGGAAUUAAUCGCUUCAUUUCUCAUCACAAAGGAUGAAAUGUUAUACUGUGGAGGCUUAGCAGUUUUAUUUUAUUUUUAAUUUGUUUCUGUUGAAAGAUUUUCAUGGAUAAACAAAUGAACCUAUAGGGUCUCUGUUUUCAAUUCAUAGAGUCCUUUCUACAGGUCAGCUACAUUUGGUGUGAAACGCUUUUGUCAUAGGCAUUUUGAAGUUGUGGGAGAGAGCAAAGUGUGGAGAGGGGGGGAGAAAGAAGGGGGUAUAAUGAUCUUUCAUUCUUUUGCAUAGUGUAUGUGCAGAGUUUUGUGUCAGCGUCAGGCGGGUAGGUUCUUUGUUUGCUUUUGCUGGCAAUGCGAGAUGUUGGAGAACCCAGAAUAAGGUUGGUUGCAUUCAGUUGAUUGCCGUGAGCUUGGUUUGUGUGUGAGAGGGGGAGGGACAUUCUUCAGUUGAAAACAAUGAGCUUCAGUUAUUCCGUAUUUUCUACAAACAGUUUUAAAAUGCACAGAAAAAAUAUACUUAAUGCCUUAAUAAAAUGAUUGCUUAUGGGCACAAGUGCUCUACUGUAUACACGAUAAUUUCAGCUGCCUGCAAGAUCUUCAUUUGGAUGGAGGGAUCCAGUUCAUCCCUAUAGGAGUGGGUGCGCACAUUCGGCCACUCCACCCAGAUGACUGAUGAAGACAGGACGUACAAGUGCAUUAUGCGUAUCUGAGCACAUGCAGAUCGUUGGGUGGGGAUUUAGGAAGUAUUCACCACUUUGUUUAGCCUGCAGGGGUCUAAACAUGUACAAUUUGCAUUAGAUUGUGACCUAUAAAUAAUAAGUGCAAAUAAAAUACCACCAUGGAUUGCCAUUCUUUCAUUUUAAAAUUUGUUCCCAUAUGAAUGAAUUUAAGCUACCUCUAUUCAACUUGGAGACAAACAGUGCCAUGAAUAUCCCUGUCAAAAAUGAUCUUGCAUUUGAAAAAAGCAGGUAUCGGGCCUGAAAUAUAUGAAAACUACCUAUACUGUUGAUAUGCACUGCAUAAUUAACUUCAAUUUAUGUGUUCCUGACUCCCUCUGUGCAAUACUUGAAGGGAUUUGUAUUUCCUUAUUACUUCUGGGCACACAAGCAAUGAAUCAUUAAACAAUCCAGAGGCAGACCUCAGUAUAGGUAUCAGGUUUUCAUAUACCACGUAAUCUGUGACUGACCACAUAUAAUAUGGAAAAAAAUAGGAAGCAAGCAAGAGAAACACACUUUGUUUAAUGACAGGAAGUGCAAGCAAUGACUGCUUGCUUGAAAUUUAGUUCUCACUUUUGUCAAAUGUAGCUAGUGCAUUUCAAAAUAUGAAAAAAGACCUCAUGCAUUGUGCCAAUGAUUUUGAAGUAGAACAAUGCUGCCUGUAUAUUACUCAUAUAGCAAAGUCCUAAUGCCCUGAUUAAAAGUGCCUUAACAGCAAAUAUUUAGAUGCCAAUCUACUUGAAAGGGUGCUGAAAGCCUUGACUUAAUAUGUUUAAGAAUGCUGUGCCAAGCAGCUAAAUAUGAAUGACUUUUUAAUCAGUCUUUUGAUAUCACAGUCUUGAAUCUUCUAGUUAUUUCAUAGUGAAGAUGUAGUAGUAUAAUUUUCCAAGCCUUUCAAAACACAAAGCCUUUCAAAUUAUUCUUAGAAAGAUUUUGCUAGAUUCCAUUUCUUAAUACUGUUAAUCUUCACACAAUAUCCAUAACCUCAGUGGUUGCCACUGUAGUCCUAAACCCUUGCACCAGCGUAAUGACUUGUGAAUCUGGCAUAUGAUGUUUUUAUGACAUUGCACUGGUGUUGACAAAACCAGGAGCAAUUGAGAAAGAAAGAAAGGAAGAAAGAAUAAUUGUAUUACUUAAUAGGACCAACAGAUGGAAGGCUGAAGGUUUAACAACACAUCUGAACCAGUUGUUACCACAAUACGAUUCAGCAAAGAACAAAUAUUGACAUUUGCAAAUAUCAUGGUUAGUAGCUCAAUCAGGUUGUCUUCUCACACAUUGCCUUCGUUUUUUUUUAAAAAAAAACUCUUACAGUACAGUGGUACGUCUGGUUAUGAACUUAAUUCGUUCUGGAGGUCCAUUCUUAACCUGAAACCGUUCUUAACCUGAGGUACCACUUUAGCUAAUGGGGCCUCCCGCUGCCACCGCACCACCAGCACGCGAUUUCUGUUCUCAUCCUGAGGCAAAGUUCUUAACCCAAGGUACUACUUCCGGGUUAGCGGAGUCUGUAACCCGAAGUGUUUGCAACCCGAGGUACCACUGUAUAGCAUAUUUAACUAGAAUAGAUUCUUCGCUAUAAUGACUGUUGUGAUUUUUAAGAGCCAAUGCAGCUUUGUAUUUUAUAAUAGAAAGAAUGAAAUCCUUAAAAAUAAGGUUUUGCAUAGCCUCAGACCAGAUGGACAGCAAAGCAAGUUCUUAUGUCAUAGGGUUGAUAUGUUGUACAAGUGCUGAUAUUUCGUGAAACAUGCACUGACAGAAUACUUGGAUCACUGGACAUCCCCACUAAAUCCUCAUUUUUAAAAGGCACAUGUCCCCUUAGUUCAGUUCCUUCUACACCAUAGGGUCGCUUAAGCUGCAAGGUAGAUUGUUUCAUCACACGUUAAAGAAAGGAAGAUUUUGUUGCUGGAGGCUAAGCUAGUACAACCCCCUUGCAGUUUAAAUAAUUGGCAGCUGACUGACAGACUGUGCUCUUGCCAGAUGAAUCUAUGUGGGUCUACAUUAAAUGAAAUAAAAAAUCAAGACUAUUAUGGCUUUUCCAUUGUUCAUGGGUGGUACAAAAUGACCAUUAUGGGCCUGACCCAAAACUUUUGCAGCAUCCACAACAUUCCCCAGAGCACAGUAAAUAAGGUGUAAGAAACCAAGGCCUUCUGCAAAUUUUCUUCCACUGUCGCAUGUUUUUAAAAUGGUUGUUGCCAUUAUACAAACUAUAGCACAGAGGCUUUAAAAUACCAUAAUCUUCUGUCACCUUGAACAAUGUGUGCAGUUCUAGCUGCCGCUUUUUAACAAAGAAACUAUAGAGCUGGUAAAAGGCAAGAAAUAAGAGUACAAAAAUCAUUAGGCUUGUAGAUAAGCUACAAGGAGAGGUUUAAAUUGGAAUUUUUCACUUUAGAUGGAAAAUAAAAGAUAGGAUAACUGAAAGAGGAAGAUAAGAUCCUAAAUCAUGCAUAAAAACGGAACAGGAAACGUGGAUGCUCUGUUCAAAAACAUGUGACUGAGUGGGCCUGGAGUGAAAUUAUUGUAAGACUUACAAAGGCAUCUUGAAGCACAUUUUGAUUUUCCCCACUCACUUUCUUAUGCACAAAAUAAUUUCGUUGGAGGCCUUGUUAGGAACAGGUGAGACCAGGCCUGAACUAGCCAUCUGGCAGUUCUGGUAAAGGCCAGAGGGACCAAUGCGCUCAAAAGUUGAAGGGAUGAUCUUUGUGAAAACAAAACACAAACCAAUAACCCUGUCCCUGCCUACUCCCCCCCACUUUGCUCUUGCACGGGACAGGGAGAACGGCAAAAGAUAUAGGUGCCACCUAUCUCUGAAGAGAUCUGUUUGAAAUACAGAUUAACAUAUAUAUUAAUUUCUUCCUUGAUAGAAUUUUAGGCUGCGAUUAGAAGAUGAGAUAUGCAUAUGCGUGGGAGAGUCACAUGCGUAGUUGGAGCCUAAAAGAUUGCAAUAUGAAAAUGGGGAUUUGUUUGUGAAGAUUGCAAUUGCCACAUACUCACAUUUCCCUUUUCCGUCUAGGCUUGAGGAGUUCAUAUGCUAGUCAGCACAGCCAACUUGGUCAAGAGCUGCGUUCGACGGUGUCUCCUGAUCUGCACAUCACCCCUAUAUAUGAAGGUAGAACUUAUUACAGUCCAGUGUACCACAGUCCAAAUCAUGGAACUGCUGAUGUGCCCCAAGGAUCCCAAACAGCGUUAUAUCGAACUGGAUCUGGUAAGUGUGAAAUCCCUGUUGUCCCCAAAUCUAAAUUGGCUACAAGAGUAUGGGGAACUAUUUUAUCACCCCAUGUUCGUUGGAGAAUAAUACUGAAAUAAUAUGACAGCGUGUACUUGAAACCAUAAAGUUUAGAAAAAGGAAACCCCAAUUCAUAAACUUUCCUUCCCCCACAGAUUUGGUGGGGAGGGGUGCUAAAGGACACAGAUAUCUUCCUGCCUUCUCUAUCUGGAAGGAAGUUGGGUAGGUCCAGAGGUGCAUAGAUGCUUGAAGGAGCAUCUGGCUAGAAGGGAAUGUUGCUCUCAUAGAGGGAGCAAUCAGCACACACACCACCUGCCACUGUAAAGGGGCCAUAAGACUUACCUCUGCUAUAGGCAAUCUUUUAAAAAUAGCCUUGAACGUCACAUACCAUCCAAUUCGGCCUACCCUCCCUUAGAGGAGGUUACAGGACUAUUAAUUUUCAAGAUCCUUAGUUUUGGCAGCAUUAAAAAAGCAUUAAAAACAAUAUUUUUAAAAAAUACUUUUAAAUGUGUGAUCCAUUUAGCUGCUCUAUAUUAUUUGUCACCUUUAUAACUGACCCCAUCAGUUCAGAAUUGAGUAAUAACGCAUUGAAAUAAGAAAUUGAAAAUCCCAUCAUCAUUCAAAUCAUGGCCAAAUUCCAUCAGCAUUCAAAUUAAGCUAUGUAAGUAACGUACAGUGAAAUUGCUAAAAUUAAAACACUAGGGUUUGGAUCCUAGCUAACUUAAUUCAAGGAAGGGAAAAUUCCCCAGCCCCACUUUGCCCCUGCGGCCACUUGCGCUGCCUAAAAGGCCUCUCUGGAGGUAGCCCCCCCCCCAUAGACAGUAUGCAAUGGGACAUGGCUAGCUGCUGCGGGGAGGGGAACUAGCCCAAAUGACUUAAGCCCAAAAUGGGACUCCUAGAAGUUUUGUGUGCCGCAUCCCACCCCCAAGAUAUAGACUCUUAAAGGGCACAAGUGGCUGCCAUUAUGGAAGAAGCGAUGUGCAGCUUCACUUCUUUGAACUUCCUUAAGUAAUGGUAUCUUAGAUCCAAGCCAAUCUAAACCCCAGUCCAUCUGUCCCUCACCAUGCCAGCUUAAAGAAAAGCAUAUUCCAUUGCUUCCAAAAGGUUUUGUUGAGUUUCAGAAGGAAGGAGAUCAGAUAAUAAAUCUCUGUGUCUGUGUGUGUGUGUGUGUGUGUGUGUGUGUGUGUGUGUGUGUGUCUGUCUGCAUACUUCUUCUCUGGCGAUCAUUCGUAGCCGAGUAAGAUUGUUUUCCAUAAACACGGUUUUAACAAUGAGUUCGUAAGUGACUGUGGAGGCCAAUUCUGGAUCCACACGUCCUUCCACAG